AUGGAGUUCAACGACGUUCGUUUUGAGUUCAUCUCGGACUACACUUUAAAGUCCAUGAAACUGAAAGCUGAUAAAUGGGCAAAGCUUCAAGGAAACGACGAAUACAGACAAACAAUUAUGGACUUUUUGGAGAAACAAGAGUAUAAUAUUCUCAUAAUCUUCCAGAACAGUGCGGGACAACUUCAGCCAUCUUUUGAUUUUCCACAGUCGAUGAAGGCAAAGGCUGUUUACUUCUCAAAGAAAGAGAAGGGUAUGAAUGUUGGAAAAGACAAUUUUAAAACAGCUCUAGCAUAUGGAGAUUUGUCUUACUCACCGCUGGAGCAGUUGUCAGCCCUUGUAGAUGAGGUUUGUUUUGCAAAUUCAACUUGUUUUUAUAAAAGUUCGACUAAUUCCCGGGAGAGUGAAAUCUACAACAUGUCGGUUUCAACGCCGAAUAAACUUUUUGCCUCAAAACUACAACUGUGAUAUAGUAAGAAGGAAUCACACCUAUUAAAGCUAGUGGUACUGAACAGAUUUACAAGUAGUAAGAAAUAAAUUAUUUGCUUUAAUUUUGUCCAUUUGGUUGUCUGUGCAAAAGAUUGGCUAAAAAUUAGCUUUGAUUAUGUAACGUGACGUGAGCACAGGUUAAUAAGAAAGAGCGUUUUUGAUCAACUUUUAAAAGUGUUUAUAACCCGUUUAGGUCUCGAUGGCAGUAAUGAAAAGGUGUUUUGCUGAUGUGUUUGUAUUUUCGUACCUGCGGUUAUAAAAUAUUCAGCACACACAUUAUUUUAUUCCUAACAUUCAAACUUUGAUGAAUGAUAUGAAAAGGUAAGCUUGAAGAAAUUUGCAGCUUUGUUUCUAAACAUUGAAAGGGUUUUGAUCGCUCUCUUUUGCUAUAUAUCACAGUCGUGUUAACAAGAUAGUUGCAUGGUAAAGAAGAAGCGCAAUAUUUUGAAUUUGUCCUAAUUUAUGGUUCAAAUUUUCAUUAAAUUGUUUAAUCCCAAGAGAUCAAUGUUGUUACAGGGGUUAAGAAUGUGUUGACAGUCUUUUUGUACUUCCAAGCAAGUUUCUGUAAAUAUUAACUUUCAAACUAACAACAGACAAAAGUGGAGAGAUGAAUCCAUAAUGACCCUGUACCUCUCUCUCUAUUGAAAGUACUUUUGUUGCACUUUGUCUUCUAAAUUGCAACCUGCAGCUAUUAAAAGAUCACCCAGAGGCUCCUACUAUUUUAAGUAAUUUGUCUUUUCAGCCACAGCUUAUUUAAAAAAAAAGAGCAUUUUAAUUCCCAGAUGUGGAUAGUGUUUUAGUCUAGUUUUUACCCUGGAAAAUUUGUCAGAAAUAGUACGGGGUUAUUAUUUUCCUUUUAUCAGAUCUUAGUUCCUUUGUUGUCAAAUUCCCGCAACCAUGAGCAGUGGCCAGCAGUUGUGUCUCAAGAUGUAUUACGGCAUGUUCACCAGCUUAAAAGUAAUGUGUUCGUCAUUGCUGGUCAAGUGAAAGGAAAGACAUUACUACCCCUGCCAGUUGGUUCUGAACAAGUUAAUGAUGCAGUAGAAGCUGAGGAAAAGUAGGUUUAUAUCUCGUUUACUGACCUUGUAAAGGACUCCACCUAAUCUUUUGGUUAUAUUAUUUUAUAUUUACCAAAUUCUUGGCAGGCGAUAGGUUUUUACAAAAAUAAUACUCUCAUUUACAUAUGAAACAGACUUAGAUGCUCGUCGGAAAUUUUGAAUUUAACCCCUAAAGGAGACCAUCUGGGCGUGGCUCAAGCUUUUUGUGACCCCUAAAGGAGACCAAUGUGGGCGUGGCUUAAGCAAAUUUUGACCCCUGAAAGAGACCGCUUAAAAACUCACAAAUACGACAUGCAAUUAGUUUUAAUGAUAGAAAGACAUAACAAACAAAGUUAAAAAGAAAAUUUUCUGUCUGUAAACGAGACCUUGGCUUAAAAUUUUUUGCUGGAACACCCUAAAGACCAAAAUCCAAAAUUUACACCCCUAAGUUUUUUUUUGCAAGUUUUUUUUUAGGAGAGAGGUGACAUAAAAAUUUAACAGCAAAGGCCCAAAUUUGUGUGUGUGUGUGUGUUUUCUUUUUUCAGUAGAUAGAUACAUGUAGACUCUAUUUUUUACUUUCCUCUUUUAGUUAAUUUGCGAGUUUGUAAUAAAAUUCUUUGUAGUACCAAAAAUAGGCUAGCAGCUAAUGGCAAAUAAUUAGAGAGGUUGAGUGGGCAGCAAAUCUUCAACUGAAAGUGACUCAUCUUGACAGAACUGUUGUGGUGUACACCUGUUUGGCUCUUAUAGGCUGUGUACAUGUAGAACUAUGAGAAUGCAACCAGUUAGCUCUCCUUGGUAACUUAAUGCUGUCAUUCUGUUUAUUUUUUUAGGGGAGAGCCAUUUGAUCGUGGCCUGGUUCAUGCUAUUGAAUCAGUCAUUAUUGAAUGGACACAUCAAAUACAGAAUGUCCUCAAGAGGAAUUCUGCUCAGCCAUUACUUGAAGGACAGAACCCUGGUCCACUGGUAGAACUUGACUUCUGGAAAGCUCGUGCCAUGAACUUAGAGUGCAUCUUUGAACAGGUCAGGACUCAGUAAAAGAUUCAUAAAAAUAAACUUCAAUUUGACAAACAGACUCUGACUGCAUUUUCGCCUUUCUCAAUUCUUCUUGUUUAAUUUUAUUUGUUAGCUUCAUGAUGUCAAGGUUAGAAGGAUGGCAGAGUUGUUGGAAAGGACCCAAAGUAGUUACUUUCCAGCAUUCAAGAAAAUUUUCAAGGAUGUUGUUGCAGGUAAAUUUAUUGCCAAGAAAGUCAGGGAGGUGUAGAGUCUGAUAUAUGGGUGAUAUGUGAUCAUUUUGCUAAUUAUUGACAUAUUAUAUAAACCCAAUGACACUAGCAAUUUACUUGAUUUUAGUUUGCCUUAAAAGAAACCUCUAGUGAGAUUGUGGCCCAUAAAGAGUAAUUUUCUUACAGUGUAGCGGUAUCUGCUUUUAAUGCUUAGUUAUCUUCUUACAGCUUUGGAUGAAGCAAGAGACAUAAACAUCCAUCUCAAACCUUUGCGUCGCCUUUUGGAUGACAUGGAGCAGUUUGAUUUUUCUGAGCUAGACAAGAUUAUUCCUGCAAUCUUGCACACAGUUGGUCUCAUCUGGGCCAAUUCCAAAUAUUACUGCCGAGCUCCAAGGUUGAUUGUUCUUUUACAGGAGCUGUGUAACAUGCUUAUUGAAAUGGUGAGCAGUUUUAAUUUGAUGGAUUAAUGUCUGUGCCUUAAUGUGGUGUCAUUCACAGAAACAUUUCAAAAUGUUGACAAAUUACAUGUGGGUGGCUAUGUGAAUUUGGAUAAACUUCAAUGUGGUUUAAUGUUAUCUGGAGCAUGCUCUAAAGAGCCAGUUAUUUUUCUGGGACAGUUCACAACCCAGUGGAAAGUUUCUGCAAAAGGUGAAAAUUGUCAGAGGUUUCCCCUUUACCCAUUUCAACUGGAUUGCCUGAAAUAUUUAUGUCCCAUUUGUUGAAUUCCACUUAUGCAAUGACAUUUGCUGUCUUUUUGAAAUAACUGUAAUUUGUGGUUGAAAAAUGAAAUGGUUUAGCUCAUUCAAGUUUAAGUAGAGUUUAGCAACUUUACAAGGAACACUUUAUUCUGACUAUAGUUAAAUUGCUUUGCAAACAGUAUAUAACCUAACAGUUUAGGGUGCAGUAGUUUGAGGAAUCAUCAUGCAAUGUAUUUUACAAACUUGCCCAUACAGGUAAAUGCCAUCUUACGUUCUUUCUUUUCUCUUUGUACAGGCAAGGACAUAUCUGGAUCCUGCUGAGAUCUUCAAGGCAGAAGCAGAAGAAGCUUAUGAAAAAACCCAAAAGGCAAUCGCGAUUUGCAUGUGUUUCAAGGAGAACUUUGAAGACAUAAGAAGAAACAUCCAAAAAUUCUUUAAAGAAGGGCAAGAGGUCAAACAGUGGGAAUUUGCUAAUGAACUUGUCUUUACCAGGAUAGACCUGUUCAUCCAGAGACUUAAAAUUGUGGAGGUUAGUUUUAGUGAUGCUGAAAGUGGCAGUAGUCGCAGUUGCAACAGUGUUGGCGAUGGUGUUAGUUUGAGCAGUUUGUAGUGUUAUUCUUCAAACUCCUCCACUUCCUCUUACAUUUUUUUUGUACCUUACAAUUCCUUCUUGCUAAUUUCCACUCUCUAAUUUAUUUUAUUUACUCCAUUACUAUGCUGCCUCAAUCAUCAGGCACUGUUUAACUGCAGGGUAUUUUUGUUGUUAAUUUUCUUAUCUAGGACCUUUUCAGCACAGCUAUGGAAUUUGCCAAACUGGAGAAGGUGGAACUUGGGGGAAUCAAGGGCAAGAUGCUAAGUCACCAAGUUGUAGAGAUCUUUGGAGAAUUCAAUGAGAUUUUUGCAGUCUUUGGAAAUCGCACAUAUGAUGGACUGGAUCCGACAAACAGGGUAUAUUACUUACAGAUAUCAUAGAGCUGUUUUGUUUGUUUGACCUUGAUUGAGUGGAUGAUAAUGACCUGAUCUCAUUGGCAUCUUAGGAAUUUGUAGAUGACUACAACCAGUUUAGGGAAAGAAUAGCUGACCUGGAUAGAAGGCUUGCUUCAAUUGUCUGCCAAGGAUUUGAUGAUUGCCCAAGCACAGAAUCUGCUCUGAAGGUAAAACUCCUCUUCAGGUUGCUUUCAGUGCCUUGCAACACUUGAAACCAAGGAAAUACAUGUAUGUUAAUUGUAGCCAUGACUUCACGCAAUCACACUAAGCAAUCCACAACAAGAAUUCCAGCAAAUUUGAUUUUAGGCUACUUUUGAUUUAACCUAUUGUAGGUUGAUUCUCAGUCUCCUUUGUCUCCCAGCCCUAGAAGACAAAGGAAAUUGAAAAUCGACCUAGGUUAAAUAAUUUUAACCUGAAAUAAAAUUUGACCUCUAACAUAAUUAUACAGUUUGUAGAACUUGCUGUGCAGGUCAUUUGGCCGUUGCUUUAUGAAGAAUUAUUGGUUCUUAAUACAACUCAUUUCAUUAUUCCCAAGGAUUAGCACAGUCAGUUAGUGGGUGAUCUUCUAUGCAGAGUUUUAUUCUCAGGCGUGACCACAAAUCCUUGUCUUGACUUCUUUUUCUUCCCAUGUAGCUUUAAAUAGCUUUAAAUACCUGUAAGACCAAGUACUAAUAGAGAGAGGGGGGGGGGGGAAUUAGUACACUGUCAGCCUCAGAUUUGUCAGUUUAAAUGUGGCUAAAAUUAAUGUAAUUUAGGCAAGGUUAAUCUCGAGCUAAUGCUGCCAGCGGUCUCGCCCAGUUUGCACAUGAUCCGUGGGGUUGCCCCUUUGGAGUUCGCAGGGGCAAACUACGUACAGCCUUGCUUUCUAGCGAUCGUUGCGAUCAAUGCUUUUGUGAGUGAAUCUUUGCGGAUUCAUUAGCCCCACCCUCCCUUCCCAGAGGGCUACUUGAUUUCAGAGGUAAGUAUCGGGUUAGGUAAGUAUUUCCACUGGACUAGUUUCAGUGUGACGGUGCCUGUUAGCGGCUGCUACUGGGGUGGUUUCCGCUUGCCGGGUUGCCAUGGAGACCUCCCUGUGGUGCCUGAAUUACCUCGGGCCCUUCCCCGCUAACUUUUAAGGCACCAGUUCCCAAGCUCAUCAAUUGGCAAUGAGUUUAAGUACUUUUGUAAACGAGUUACCAACAUAAAAUAAAGAGCUUUACCCUUUACCUUUACCUUAAUCUUGUCUCCUAGCUGCUGGAUUGUUUUGGGUCUUUGCUGGACCGACCACUAAUUCAUGCUGAUUUUGAGUACAAGUACCCCAUCUUACUAAAGAUGUAUGAGGAAGAACUAGAUGAAGCCAAGAUGAUAUUUGAUGGUCAGAUGCUUGUGGCAAAUAGUGAGGGUACUCCACCAAUUAACAAGAACAUGCCCCAUGUUGCAGGGGCCCUCAAAUGGUCUCAAGAACUCAGGAACAGGAUAACUAAACCUAUGCACGCCCUCAGACUUUCUGUUAAUCAUGGGUAAGUAGAUUAGAGUAUAGCUUGUAGAGUGUGAUAACUGCCUUGUGUCUCUCGCCUACCCUGGUCAGUCUUGUUGGUGUGCAGAAAAGGCAUUGAAAACACAUAAUUUAUUUAAUGUUGAGGUUAUUGGGUGUUUAUAUCUGUGUUGUCUUCUGUGCGGAAAAUAAAUUUUGUGAAAACUGCUGAACCUUAAAAUAUUCUAUGUGCAUGUAACACCAGGCUUUGGAUAUUGUGGAGGUUACAUGUAUCUCAUUCUGCACAAAACUUGAUAUAAACUGUAAGUUAGAGAUUUCUUGUUUUCAAUCUUCUUUGAGACUACAUGUAUAUCUGCUUUGGUUUCUGAUAAGUUUCUGUUUUUGAGUCUUGUUUCCUCUCGGAAUUGUAUUUUUAACUUUUCUACGAUUUUCUUUGCCAUUAGGCAUGAACCCUUGUCUUCUUUUUCGAAUGGUUUUAUCUCAAUAUCUGUCUUUCUGUGGUUUUAAACUGUUAAAAACUGGCAGUAUUGCUCUUCAGUGCUCUGUUCUGUGGCUCUUUUAAUGCUUCCUCUUAACGGUUUCACAAUCAUUUUUCUCCAAAGAGCAGACAGUGAUUUUCCAAUCAUUGAUGGGUUGGUAAGGUAUGACAACUAUUAUAUUCUUCACAAAGCUUCUUUUUAACUGUCCAUUUAUCCUUAACUACAGAGAAAAACAUUGUUUAUCUCCUAUCUUUCUUCUCUACUUUCAUCUAUUUUGAUAACUAUCAAGACAAGUAAGCUACAUAUUAGUAUAGCCAGAGAAGUGAUCAUAAGGGCUAAAUUUUGUUAAUAGCUAUUUUAUUUCCCCGCCUAUUAUAUCCAAACUUACAUGUAGUUUGAGGAUUUUGAGGAAGCUUUUUGUGCUGCUGUUGGGGCUAAAAUUGGUGGAAAAAGGUUGUUUUUGUUCAUCUAUGGUAGACACACAGUGUAGCAAUAAUGAGAAUUAUUGUCAGUCUCACGCUGUAGUCAUUUGAGAUGUUCUGCUCUGGUUCUUCCAGCGUUAAGGUCUAAUGGCCUACCCAGUGCUAUACACACUGUAUCUGCAGCACAAUGGUUCACUAUUCCUUCUCCAUUUCGUUUGUUGUUAUACUACUACAUGGUAUCUUUUCCAAGGUCUUAUACCCUUGUAACAUUGAAGCAGAUUUUUACUGUGCAUGUUAUGUCCCCUUAGUUUCUCCUUUCACAUCUGAUUUGUAUCAUUUUGUGCAAUUCACUGUCUAUGAAUCUUCUUUGGUUUUGUUUUUUCAAUUCUGCAUUCAUGGAACCCUUAUUAAUUACUGUGCAAAGUCACUUUGUCCUUCGGUCGUCUUUCUUUCCUAGAAAUCAUCGUUUUUGUCAUCAUCGCCAGUUCAUAAGCAAUGAAUAAAUGAAUAGAAAUUAUAAUAUUAUUUUAAAAUGACUAUAACCUUCUCUUUCAUCAUGAUGAUUUCUGCACAGACUGUUAAGACAUGAAAGUCAUUGUCACCAUUAUCCUUCUGGGGCAAACACUCAGAUCCCCAAGACCUGUACAAUCAUUAUUAAAAAAUGUAACUUAUUACGUGAUGCUUGAGUUUAACCAUUUACAGAGCUAGUGCUCGAUAUGAGGAUAUUUUAUUAGACGCUGAUUAAGUAAAAGUUUGUAGUAGCGUAUUUCCUGGUAGAAAACUACAGUAAGUAUCUCACGUUUGUACUCUUUGAUUUUGCAGCACGCUGGAGACUGCUGAGGCCAUGAUUAUUUCCAACAAAUUUGAUGAAAUGAGCAAGCUGUUAAACUCGUAAGUGUUUGGUUCAACUUGCUUGGUCUCAGUGGUGAUAAAUCUUGUCUGAUAUUUUAAUAGUCACUCCACGAAGUUCUACUAGUUCUAAGCUGUUAUACUACAAUGUAUAGUGUAGUUCCAUAAAAAGUAAACAAGUCACUUACUGAUAUAAGUGGUCCUGUGGAUACUGUUUAUUCCGAGAAGCGAUCGUUAGAGUAAUUUUAUGUAAACUGUUCUUAACUUAGAACUGAAGUCUUUUUUGGUGAUCUAUCAUUGAUACAAUAAAGGCUUUGAGUGCUCUUACUGUGAAGUGUAUUUCCUUCUAAUGCCCGAUGGUUACUCAGUUUGUUUUAACCAAUUUUAGUUGUAACAAUCAUCUAAAAACUAUCCUUAAAAAGGAAAAGCUCCUCGCUUGAAAUUCCAUUCUUUUAAUAAAUGGAUAUUUCAUCCUUCCUGCAGGUACGAAGAGCAAGUUUAUAUAGACUGGACAAAAGAUGUCGGCUCCAUAUCCCAAGAAAAUCUUGACAAACCGCUCAUUUUGAGGGAUAGUAACACAAAACUCAUUAAAGUCAACUUUGAUCCUCAGGUUUGUUUUCCAUGUCAUUUUGUUUUUGUUUUUAUAUACUUUGCACCUUACUUGAACCUCAGUGAGUAGUGUUUACAUUUUCGACAGUUACUUUUUAUUUACAUCUAUUAGAGAUGGCGAGGCUAAAGAAAUAUUAAAUUGCCUAGUGAGAUCCCUGUUCUUUUUCUGAAAUCACUUUGUCUUUAGUGUUUCCUAAGCAUGGAACAUCAAGGGAAAAAUUUGAGUCUCUUGCUGUUUAAUCCAUGAUCUGUACAAUAUUGUAAGGAGCUGAAACAACUUUGGCAAUGACAACAAUUGACGUGAAAUUUGCUACUACGUCUUUUAUAUGGGGACGUAAACACACGUUGACAAAUUUCCUCUUAGGUUUCUCUUUUCUAAUCUUUUCUAAUUUUGAAUGUGGUCUUUAACGAUUCGAUUACUGGAACAUUCACCUAGAUUUGAAGGAGUGAACAGAUCGUAAGAAAGCAUUAUACGUUUCUGGAAAACUGCCCACCUACCCCUCCCCUAAGCCAACAUUAACACUUAGUUCUCACUUAGGGCAAAAUGUUAGCUUAGGGGAGGGGUAGGUGGGCAGUUUCCCAGAAACGUAUAAUGAUCCGAAGCUCCUUAUAUUUACUGAGUUUUAGGGAGACUCGUGAUCAGCUAGGUUAGAUUAAAAACCUCAGCAUCAAGGAAAGGCCAUAAUGAAUAUGUAAUUAUUGUUUGUCUUAGUUGAUUGCUGUUCUGCGUGAGGUGAAGUACCUGGAAAAUGCUCAAAAUGAAACCUUAGAGUCCAUCCCUGAAAGUGCUACAAACAUCUACUCCCGGAAUGAGACAUUCCACAAGUUCCUAUCAAACCUUGACCUGAUUGUUGCUUGGUAUAACAAAGUCAGAGAAACACUUCUUGAUGUUGAAUUUCCUCUGGUUGAAGGACAGCUACAAGAGAUUGAUAACCAGCUGCAACAGGCUGAGACAAAUUUGAACUGGAAUAGUGAAGGUUUGUUUGAUCAUUGUUUUAUUUCUUUAACUCCCAGAGUAGUCAAUGUAAACGUCAGAGUCUCAGUGUACGAACACUUGUCUUUGAUGAUACUACCUUUGGAGUCUAGGAAUGAAAUUCUGCAGUGUGACCAUUCAAAUAAAAGCUAUGGAGCGGUACUGUUACAUGGUACUGUUUGUUUGGCAGCAUUUUACAAACUGAAAUUUUGAAUUGUUGUGGAAUUUUUUACUUGAGCCACUUCUGAGAGUGAAAGGAUCAAAGCCAUGAUACACCAGUAGAGCUGGUUAGUGUGCGGCUCUAUGCGGGAGUUUCCGAGUUAGAUUCCCAGGUGUGACCUCAAAUGCUUGUUUCGACUUCUUUUCUUUCUGUUGGAAAUUAACUGGCUUAAAAUAUCCGUAAAACGGAGCACUGAAGGAGAGAAAUAUUGGGGGGGGGGAGGGGGGGUGGGAGGGGGCGAGAUGAGCAAAUGAGCGCACUGUCGUCCUUACUGUUACGACUGUUACGAGUUACCGACGUAACCCUUUUACGCAAAGCAAGCGUAUAUGUUGCGGGGAUCGAUUUGUCAUCAAAAUAAGUCGGUCAGUUUGUCAUGCGUUUAGUUUUACUUUAGCACCAUUUUGACGCCAUUUGCUCAUCUGGAGGUACCUCAAAAAUACUGAAACUCUCAGUUCGAAAAAAAAAAAAUCUGGCAUCUUUUUGAAUAUAUUUGUUAAUCAUCUUUGUUUACGGCUUAAAGGUGCGUGGGAAUACAUUGAGAAAACAAGAGAAAUGGUUCAUGACCUUGAGAAACGUGUCCAAUCUGCCAAGAACAAUGUUGACAGCAUGAGUCAGCUGAUGACAAAGUGGUGUGAAGCGCCAUUGUAUGAACGUAAGGAGGGCAAAAAGGAAGGACUGCUGAACAUAGAGGUAAAAUACUUUGUAAAGUGAAAGAUGUCAAUACCGUUAUACAGUACUGGGCACAGUUGUUCGAAGGCCGAUUAGCGCUUAACCCGGGGUUAAAUUCAACACGGGUUUCUCUUUCUUGUGUUCAGAAGCAUUUUCUCGGAUAAUUUUCUCUGUUAUAUUUAGAGCUUUCAAUCAUCAACUUGUACACAAAAAGAAUUAAAACUGAAGUGCUUUUAAAGCUUUCAAAUCUGAAUUCAAAUCUGGCACGAACCCUGGGUUAUCUUAUCCCGGCUUUGAACAACUGGGCCCUGAUGAAGUGCUAGGCAUGUUUAUUUAAUGUUUUAGUACUGUAGCCAGUUCCUUAGCGUUUGGUAAUGCUUGUCUUUGUAAGGAUGUGUACAGGUUUUAAAGAACAGGACCUGAUUGCAUGUUGUCAAAUGGUUUAUUGCUUCGGUGGUCUUAAAGAAAAAUACGUUGUAGUUGUGUUAUAGUGAGGGAUAGAAGGAUGCAAAAACCUCGUUUCUUCUAAUUACUAAAGGGUCGCCCCAGUUAGAUAGAUAGCAGACAUGUUACAGAAUUUAAAAAGCAUUACGUUUGCGGCAGUGUGUCGUUAAUCGUUGUUCGUUGAUCCAACGGGGAUGCAAAAAUGUAGCUCUCAAGACGCUUUUUUCCUGAAGGUGAAAACGCUCCCUUCACGUUCAAAACAACAAGUACAGCUGUAGUUUUGUGUAUGAAAUGUCAGUGGCAUAAUGUAUUUUCUGAAAUUUUCUUCCACUAGGAUAGUGAAACCAACCUUAACAAACGUUACACUCUGAUCAAGGAAGCUGGGGAGAAAAUCCACGAGCUAAUGAAGGUAUCAUGUUAUUUUCGUUGACUUCUCACAACCGCAGGCUACGGGAGUUUACGUAGUUGGUGAUGCAUCGCUUUGGCUCAAAUCCUAUGUUGUCAUCCAUACAAUAUAGAAGUAAAAAAAUACAUAAAACGUUACGUGAACUGCGGGUGAAGAUAUAUAAAAGCUGACGUCAUAACGUGGUCCUCGUAGGUAAAUGAAAGCUAAUGAACAACCGAAGCGGUUGAGUAAGAACUUGAAAAUAAUUAGCUUUUUUCUUUCAACUGCUUCGGUUGUUCCACAUACUCUUUCUUAAUAACCUUCACGUCGAGGUCACAAUGUUGCUUGUUGUUUUUGUUAAUACUGACUUCAUUUUAAACUUCAUUGACAUUACAUCGGCAAGUACAAUGUAAAUUUAUUCAUUUCCUUCCUGAUAAAUAUAUCACCAUGUAUAUUGUUAACAUGUCAUUUAAUUGUCUGUGCAUUUCGCUAUUCAGAAUAACCUAGAGCUCUUCAAAGCGGAUGCAUCAACAGACAUUUGGCGUGCAUAUGUGGACUAUCUGGAUGAUAUGGUUCUUGAUGGUUUCUUCAACUGCAUCCAUUGUUCAUUGAACUACCUUCUGGAGAACACAGAUUCAAAACACAACAUGACAGGGCUGUUUGAAGCCAAACUUGAGCUGCAACAGCCUGAAAUGGUGUUUAUACCAUCAUUGGAUUUCGGUAUCUCUGAUGGAUUUUAUGAACUUGUUGAGGGCAUUGUUAAUGAUGUGUACAAGAUGGCGUCUCUUGUUAAGAGAUUGGCAGAACAUAAUGGAUCGGAACACUAUCAGGUAGAAUAAUUUCAUCAACAACUUGCGAAAACCCUGACAAUUUCUCCACCACAUUUCACGUCCAUCUUUUUAACAACGGCUUUUUAUGUUUUUAUUGAUAAAACGGAGUAAACUAGCGCUUAUAAGCCCUGGGCAUACACAUCAUCGUAAGGGGGUUUAGGGGGGCUUAUAGACAGAGGGGCUUAUAUCCGAGGGAGCUUAUAACCGCAUGUAUUUUUUUGUCUACAGUUAGACUGACCUAUAACUGGGAGGGCUUUUAAGUGGGGUGGAUGGGGGUUUUAAUCGACUUUACUGACUUUACUCAUAUGACUUUACUGACUGACAUGGAGCGAUUUAAAGGAAUUUAUCUCCAAAAGACCCUUCCUGACAACCCGUGCGCUACAACCUUUCAUUGUCUGGUUGCUCUAUUAUUUGACUGUGAUUUUUUUCCAAAGUUUUGUUUUGUUUUUGGUUUUGUUUUUGAAAUUUUAACGUCCGUAAAUUUGAGAGGUAAAGAGAGGUAGACUUAAGUUUUUUUGUCCUUAAUUUCAUCCUGUAAGGAUCUUCAACUACCCAAAGAAAGACAGAAAGAAAAAGCAAAUCACUUGAAGAAAGGGAGAGUACUAAGACUUUGCACCUUAAACCUAAAUGAGAAACACUGGGUACUACAAUGUGGGUAGCUUUCGAGCUCUCUUGUGGCUACUUCUGUUCUUUAACACAUUUCACAAUUUUGUUUAUUUAUUUUGGUAGAACGAUGUAGAAGAUAUGCUGGAUUUGUCCGAGAUGCGCCAAGACUUGAUGGAUCGUGUAACAGGUGUCAUGAACAAAGCGAAUGAAUACCGAAGUUCGUUUGAUGUGUUUGCUUACCUGUGGCUUGACGACCGCAAUGAGUUUAUGAGACAGUUCCUUUUAUACAAUCACGUGCUCACCGCUGAGGAAAUUGAAGCUCAUGCUGAGGAGGGUGUCCCAGAAAGUCCGCCUACACUGGGACAGUUUAAAGAACAGGUUUGUUAAUUUGUCGCUGGUAAGAAGUGAAACAGGAGUGAGGGUACAGCCAGCAGACAGAACAAAACAAUUAAUCUUUUCGUAUGGUAUAGGCAAAUUCUUGUUCUUUGGGGUGGCGUAAAGUCUCUAUAAUACGGACACCAAAGAAGAGCCAAAUAACCUAGGCCAAACGUAAAUUCUUUGAGUGGUCAGUUUUAAAACCUGACUGACAAUACGUACUCCAUAAGGACAGAUCCAUGUACCUAAGGCCAAAUUCUUGCUUUUUGGUCAGUUGCGUAGAGACAACAUAGAUUAUCAUAGAACUGUGUGUGUUAUAGAGGAAGGGAUUUUAUGAGGUUUGGUAUCUCUUCAGACCAAGGGAACUUUUCUUAACAGCCGCGAUGACCUCUUUACAGAAAACUGGUUAACAAAUCGACUUCUCACAAGAUUAAACUCUUGUCAAAGCUCAUUUAAAUAACUUGCACUGUAUUAAAACUCAUUGCUGUUGUUUUUUGAUGUUCUCUAGAUUGACACUUACGAGAAACUUUAUGCUGAAGUUGACGAAGUAGAUGGAACGAAGAUCUUUGACACUUGGUUCCGAGUGGACGCUAGGCCUUUCAAACAGGCACUGCUGAACAUCAUCAAGAGAUGGAGCUACAUGUUCAAACAACAUCUUAUCGACCAUGUAACAAACAGGUAAAGUUGCAAAAGAACUUAUUUGGCUGAAACCAGGUAAACGCAAUCUCUGAGCAUCAUAUUUGUUUGUUUUGCAAUUUGAUUAGACAGAUAAACACCUAAUUGUUCUUUGAUGUUUGAACUUUUGCAAUUUGUUUAAAAACACUCCGUGUUCUUCGAACUGGAUUUGGGACGUGUUGGUUUUUGAGGAGAGGAGAAAACCGGAGUACCCGGAGAAAAACCUCUCAGAUUAAGGGAGAGAACCAACAACAAACUCAACCCACAUACGGCGUCGACGCCAAGAUUUGAACCCCGGCCACACUGGUCAGUGGUUGGAGGCGAGUGCUCUCACCACCGUCAGUUAUUAUUCUUUAGGAUGAAAGUAAUGCAUUGUCCAAAGCAAUUUUGACGGUAUAACAAACUUCGUCAGAAGAAACGUCUUUGUGAAAUAUCAUAUGUCAGGCAAUCACGCGGGUACGAGUGCCUCUUUAAACCCUGAUUUUCUUUUUUAAAGAAAUUGUAAUGUAUCAGUUUUGUAUUUGCCACACUCGUUCCAGUCGUAAAAAAAUGCAAGGCAGACGCUGAAACAUACAAGUAAUUAUAUCUUUUGCUUCUUUCAGUCUCAAUGACUUGGCAGAGUUCAUCAAGGUAGCUGAUGUUGGUUUGACUCAGACCGUAGAAGAAGGAGAUUACAAUGGGCUAGUGGCUGUGAUGGGGCAUCUUAUGGCUGUAAAGGACAGACAGACAGUCACCGAUGAAAUGUUUGAGCCGCUCAAACAAACUAUUGAACUUCUUAAAACAUACGGACAGGAAAUGCCCGAGGAAGUACACACGCAACUUCAGGUACGUCACUAAAUAUGUCAAGGUUGAAUUGUCCUUAAUAGAAAAAUCAUCAAAAAUGAAAUGCUCGUUCACUGUCCGGAUUGAGCCAUGCAGAAGGAAUAUGGCUGAAAACAAGGCAUAGAUAUAGUUUUUUGAAGCAGCUUUUAAGUUUUUUAGUACUUUUAGAAUUGGUGGUUAUUCGGUCACAUUCACCAUCUCAGGUUUGUCUUUAGGUAGAAACUAUGCAGUAUACCUUUUGUUUUUGUCUGUUUCGGUUUUAGUAAAUCACAAACCCACAAUCGAAACAAACGUAACCAUUUCUUAACUGAUAACGAAAAGAAGCUGUUCGGAAACAGAACCUUUUGCUUUUCUAUGAAUGAUUCGAUUUUUUAGUUGAUGUUGGAAAUAUAUAGAUUUAGCCAGGGCUAAAAGCGAAGCUCUCGUUAAUAUACUAAUAAUGAACUCAAACAAAAAAAAUAUAAUCGUGUAAUGCUUUAACGGCGACGCCAAACGAGAACGGCAAAAAAAUAAAUCGGUCUAAUUAAAAAGAAAAAACAACAUUUUUGUAGGUGCAGCACAUUUUUUUUGUAAAUUUCUUUGAGGUUGUUUUGCACGACUACAACGUUAAACGUGCUAGUUACACAUCUUAUGUAGGAAAUGUCGUGUGUGCUCACCAAAAGUUUUGUUCCUUGUGUUCCUGUUCACUUGUUUUAUUCACUGCCGCUUAUUUUCACCUUGGUGGCCUCGAGCAUUUCUCAUUAUCACAUCGGCAAUUUUCAUUUUUUUCUUCCAACGAUAUUCGUCUUCUUUGUUUUUUAUCUAACGCUUUAGCUCUUUCUCUGUCAUCCACGUCAUUAAAGGCUUUUUAAUCGGACUUGACUUUGUUGUUGUUUUUCCUCUCUAAAAAGUCCGGGUGGCCAUGCGAUUUCCCGCCCAGAAACCCCAUGUUGCAUUUGGGUUGCUAUACCUGUUGAUUGAGUUGUUCUAUAUUGGUAUUCCUGUGGUGCGGACGGGAGCGCGUACGGUCACGUGAUUACCAAAAUUUCUCGGAUGCAUUAACCAAUUUUGUUACCCAUGGUGCUCCACUAUAAGUUAAUUACGUAAAGAGGAUAGAACUUACUAUAGGUAAACGUGGUGAGAUCACAACAUGUUUUCGUUUUCGCACAUUAAAGGAACUCCCAGAACAGUGGAACAACACCAAGAAAAUCCAGGUGACAGUGAAACAACAAGUGGCUCCUCUACAGGCCUCUGAGGUCGCUAUCAUCAGACGAAAGUGUGGACAGUUCGAUGUGAGUGAGCAAGCUUUUGUAAAUGUUGCUAUACUUAACGAGUUAAAAUUUUCUUAUAGGUGGUAGUCUAUGAUGAAAUGAUGUCUUACCCAUUCAGCGUUUGAAUAUCGAGGAAUAGUUUUAACCCAACUUCAUUAAGGAAUAAAACGGUGCACAAACUUGCUUGGGUCAGGCAAGGCUUCAAGGUUUCUUCUUUCCAUGGUAGUCUCGAUUAGUUAAGGGGCAUGAUAAACGUUAGUGAACGUUCGUUAUCUAACAAAAUUUUCUUCCUGUCUAUUUUGAUGACAGAUCAAGCAACACGAAUUCAGAGAGGACUUCCGCAAGACCGCUCCUUUCCAGUUCGACUCUACACAAUACUACGAGCGGUUAGACAGGGUAAGUUAAAUACCUCAAGGAGUUUAGGUGAAUUAUGGUGCCAUCCCUCUAAGUUACUCAAAACAUUACGUUUUGAGCGUUUUCACUCACUUGAACAGCAUCUAUGCAAAUUUAUUGUAACCAUGCUAAGAAUUUCAAGGCAAAAGAUUGUGCGCUGUUUUCCUGGAAGAAUGUUUGUGUUAAAUCCUGUAAGAGUAUUGAUUUGAUGAUUAAAGUUGAAACUAAGAAAUUGGGGUAAAGAAUGGAAAAAGACAUUGCUCAUCCGGUGGAUUAUAAAUCCAGCUGUACCUCGGGUCCGGGUUGUUCAAAAGUCGGAUAGCGUUAUCCACCGGAUAAAUCGCCUUCCAGAGGAUAAGAAUUACGGGAAACAAUUGUGUCUUUUACCCUUUGAACAAUGCCUAGGAAUCUCCUAGAGGAAACUUUAAAACUCCCUUGCCUUGUUCGCUAGUUUUGGGAUAAUCAAGUAAUCAGCCAUUUGUUGCUUGCAGGCAAACUACCAGAUCUGUGCUAUGGAAGAAGAAAUGAACGCCCUCUCUGAAUCAGCAGGCCUGUUUGAGGUCAACUUCCCUGAUUACAAACAGCUACGUGCCUGCCGCCGUGAAGUGUUCCUCCUCAAACAGCUCUGGGACAUGAUAGAAGUCGUUCUAAGUAGCAUCGAGGAAUGGAAGGACACAUUAUGGGCCGAUAUCAAUGUUGAAAACAUGGAGAUGGAAUGUAAGAGGUUUGUUAAGGAGAUUCGCGGACUCGACAAAGAGAUGCGCGCGUGGGAUGCAUUUAGUGGACUGGACUCUACUGUUAAGAACAUGGUGACGUCAUUAAGGGCUGUUGGAGAGCUGCAGAAUCCGGCCAUCAGGGACCGUCAUUGGCAGCAACUCAUGCAGGCUACCAAGGUAGUUACGCCAUUUCGAGAUAUGUUGAGACUGUUGUCUGUUCCAUCCCUUUGAGUAAACAGCGAGCGUUAUCGCUUAAUUCUGGAUUGCUUAUGUCGGCUUAAAACUCCACUAUUCAUCUAGUAACCAACAACUUUUGGUUAAAGAAACUGUGAAAAGUAGUUUGAUUCUCCAAAACUGUGAAAAAAGAGCAAGUGCUUUUGAUGCUGGGUUGUGCAAUUUUAAAGGCGUGGAAUGCAUAGAACAGAAAGUUAACCCUUUGGGGGCGCUUUUGUAGUUUAGAAUAGUUUUCUUUUUUCAUGUCGAUCUUCUGUUUACAGCAUCUCCCAGUUCUUAACCCACCCUAGUAACUUGUAUACUUAGGUUUGCUGAUUUUUCCCAAAGGUAAAAUUCAUCAUGAACGAUGACACGAACUUGGCCGAUCUGCUGGCCCUCAAUCUGCACAACUUUGAAGACGAGGUCCGAGGAAUCGUAGACAAGGCCACCAAGGAAUUGGGAAUGGAGAAGGUUCUGAAGGAGCUGGACGUAACUUGGUCCCAGAUGGAGUUUGAGUAUGAGAGCCAUAUGAGAACUGGCAUUCCGUUGCUGAAGUCUAGCGAGGAAUUGAUCGAAACUCUUGAGGACAAUCAGGUGAGAGAAUAAAAAAGGACGGAGUCUGUCUCUGUUGGAGAUUAAAUUUAAUUAAUUUUCUGCUUUCUCGAUGCCCACCAUUUUUCGCAAGCGGUUGAUUUUAUCCUCAUACGCACGCUCGACGAUCUUCAAAGAGGAAAUACAAAAGUUAAAGGAGAUGUUGAAAGUGGAAAGUUAUCAAUGAAUAAGAGUUAAGGAAGAAACAAGUGUACAUUUGACUUUGGAUUCUGUGGCAGGAUGAUAAAUAACAAGUGUCCUUCCUUUGUAGGUACAACUUCAAAAUCUAAUAACAUCCAAGUAUAUUGGUCAUUUCUUGGAGGAAGUUUCUUUAUGGCAGAAAAAGCUGUCUGUAUCAGACUCAGUAAUCUCCAUUUGGUUUGAAGUACAAAGGACGUGGUCUCAUUUGGAAAGUAUUUUUAUCGGAUCUGAAGACAUCCGUAAUCAAUUGCCCGAGGACUCCAAGCGAUUUGACGGAAUUGAUGUUGACUUCAAGGUGAGAACAGAAGCGAAACGCGCGUGGCAUAGACUUGGGUUGACCUGCGGAAUUUAGCAAAUGAGAAAACUCCAAUCAUUGUGGAUUUAUGCUGAACAUCGCUUUAUUUUGAGAAGCUAGAACCUAAACGACAUGGUGUUAAACAAUGAAGGAAAAUUUGUUAUCUCAUUGUUAGUAGAGAAAUACUUCAUUACUUCUACCCCAAAAUUCGUAGCUUCUUGGUAGUUUUGUCUAUAACAAUUGUUCUCUCUUUCUCUCUUGAACUGUUCUUAUUUGCAGGUUUUUUAUUUUGAGAAUUUGUCAACUUGAUUCUAACGUUUGCCGUAAGCGUCACUCUAAGUCUCUCUAUGAAUGAAAACUUGAAGUUGGGCUAGUAAUCAUGUUCAGUAUCGUCAGAAUUUGAACUUAACUUGUAAGAAUCAAUAGUUUGGAUACUUCGUGUAGGACGGCAAUUAUUGUGAGUGUAUGGUGAGGUUCAUGAGGAAUUGCAUUCAUUUGACAGGAACUGAUGAAAGAAGCCUCUGAAAUCCCGAACGUUGUGAAUUGCUGCAACAGAGGAGGGCUGUACGAGAAACUUGAAAAUUUACAAGAAAGGUGCGUCUUCCUUGCGAACAAAUUCUUUUUUUUUUCAACAAAAGUUUGUUCUAAAUUGCUAUUAAACAGGGAAUUAAUAAUACAGAAAGUCAUUCUGCUGGAACGACAUAGGAUAUUCCAGCAACGAAGGUUGUUAAAGGCUGGCAAAAUUCCACCGUACAUUAAGAUUUGCAUUUGUUAACAAGGCUUUACUGAGCAACAAGUAUGGAGCUCAUUGAGUGCACUUUGAUAAUAUCCUGUUUUCAAAUCGUUAGUCGAAAGGUGCAGUGACAUUUUGCUCUUGUUUCUUCGUAGACUGUCUUUGUGCGAGAAAGCUCUGGCCGAGUAUCUGGAAACUAAGCGACUUGCCUUCCCGCGCUUUUACUUUGUGUCAUCAGCCGACUUGCUGGAUAUUCUUUCCAAGGGAAAUCAACCUAUAGAGGUAGGGUUUUUUGUUGUUUUCACACUCUCUUAAACUGCCUACCUGUUAAUAGCGAAAAUUUUCAGAAUUUCAAAUUGAGAAGCCUGAGCAACGAAAACUUCUUGAUUUCCCACUCCAUAAACUACGUUGAAAAGCGCCAACUACGUGAGUGGUCAAUAGUGUCCCAAGACAACCAGUAACCAAUCAUACCCCCUAAGUUAAUAGAGCGACUACUUGUUUGUUCAAGAGCUUCCUUUCGAGUCAAAAAUUAAGAUUUUGACCAGUUAAAGUGUAUAUUAUUUGAAGAGCAGAAUGACAUUAAGCUGUGACAUGCAAAGGAAAUCUUUUUUUGUCCAUUUUUCCAUAUAUCACAUUUCCGAGAUGCCUCAAAAUACAGGGAUUAUCUUGCAAGAAAAGGAUUUUUUGUUCCUUAUUGAUAUUUUUUGCGGCCAUUUGUGUUGUAGGUUUGCCGUCACUUGUCCAAGUUGUUUGACAACAUGGCGAAACUGAAGUUUAAGGAAGAUGACGAAGGAAAUCCUACCAAAGAAGCCCUAGGAUUGUACAGCAAAGAAGGAGAAUAUGUGGACUUUGAUAAGACCUGUGACUGUUCUGGACAAGUAAUGUGAUUUUUUCAAAACUUUACAAAGAAAAUUCUUUCUUACUAAAAAAAAACGUCUUUAUCUUGAAAAAAGGUUUUGUAACAUAUCCAUCAUCAUCAUCACCAUCGUCGUCGGCAUUGUUAUCAUCAUCACCAUCUUCAUCAUUCUCAUCAUUAUCAUCAUGAUAAUCGUAAUCAACGACGUCAUGGUCAUUUUCAUCAUCCAUAUCAUCAUCGUCGUCGUCGACGUCAUCAUCGUUAUUAUGGUAUUAAGGUCCUUGUCAAUGGAGACCUUUAGAUUCGAGGACGAGGACGACUACGAGUACGAGAUUUGACUUAAAGUUUUUUCGCGUAUUCUCAAAAUAUAGACUCCCCGGAAAGCUUUAUUUUACCAUUUUUCACUAGAAAAGUUAGCAUUGUUAUCUUUAGUUAAGGAGGUUAUACGCGCUCUCCCGAUCGCAAAAUAAUAAAACUUCUAACAUUUGAUGUCUUGUUUUCGCCACCACGACAUUCGCGCGAAAACUCGUAGUAGAAUGACGACGGCUACCACGUUUUCCCGCCAAAAUGACGCUGGUUCACGCGCGUACACUACUUAGUAUUGAGAAAAUCUCGUACUCGUAGUCGUACUCGUCCUGGAAUCUAAAGGUCUCUAUUAUCAUUACUAUCACUCCUGAAUAUAAGUAUGGUAUUUUACUUGUGAUUUCUCUGUUCCAAAGGAAAAACCAAAUCUUCACUUUUAUACAUGUUAAGACCAAUGGUAUCGCUCUUUUAGGUGGAGGUCUGGCUUAACCGAGUUAUGGACGCUAUGCGAUCAACUGUCCGUCAUGAGCUUUCAGAAGCUGUGGUGUCGUACGAGGAAAAACCACGUGACCAGUGGUUGUUCGACUACCCUGCCCAGGUCGCCCUGUGUGGAACACAGAUCUGGUGGACCACAGAGGUAGUGUUAGCGUUUGGACGAUUAGAAGAGGGCUAUGAGAAUGCGCUGAAGGAUUACUACAAGAAGCAGGUUUGUUCGUUUGGGGUUUACGAUAAUUGUGUUGGUGUCAUAGUCUGGUUUAAGAAUACAGGGGAAUUCUAAUCCCUCAAACUCCUAGUUCUGCGAUUAUCCAGAUGAUUUGAAUCAAAAUUGACUUCCUGAGUCAGCCACUUUAAUUUACCCUAAUUUUUCAAAACCUCUCGGUAAUUCAAAGCAAUUUUUUUUUCCUGGGUAGUUUGAAAAAAUCAGGUUCUCACUGUAUUUGUCUUUCCUCGAGAAUAUUGGUUUAGUCGCAAGGCAUAUAUUCAGUCAAAGGCCACAAACCACAACAGCAAACCUUUAAUUUUUUGUGAUACUAUAAAUAAUAGUAAUGAAACUGAGUGGUGUGCAGUUUGGUCUGAAAUCAUACGCGUGAUUUCAAGCGCGAGUUCGAUUUGAAAUCAGAAGUAUGAUUUCAGACCAAAAUUGCACGACACGAAGUUCAAUUACUUUUUAUUACAGCCAUUUUGAAAUGGCAGAAUUCAGUCAGUACCAAUAUUUCAUUUAUCAAGUAGCCGGUUUGUUGAAAGCGGAAACAAAAAGGCUUUUACAAUUUAUUUUGUAUUCGAAACAGAAAUAAUACGAUUUAGAGGAAAAAUUAUUCGAUUUAGAGCAUGAAUGAUGCGAUUUAGAACAGAUGUGAUUUAGAGCAAAAAAUAGUGUCGUGGAUAAAUCACACUGUUGAGAGUCACUCAGAUUGCGGGGAUCACCAGUGAUUUCAAACUGGAUAUAAUAAAGAAAUAAAAUUAUGUGAGUUAUCCAAAUCAAUGACGAUAUUUCUGACUAAACAGAAGCAGGGAAAUCAAAUGCUUGUGGAACUUGGGCUCUCCCCUUCUUCUUGUAAGCUUUACGAUUAUUUCUACCGUAAGUUAAAGUUAUCUGCCCUUGGGUACCUGGUGAUACAGCAGCAUUAUUUGAAGAGUUCUUUCUUUCUUCUCAGGUCGCUCAGCUGGCAACUCUUAUCAACAUGUUGAUCGGCGAACUGUCGAAAGGUGACCGUCAGAAGAUCAUGACCAUCUGUACCAUAGACGUGCACGCUCGAGAUGUGGUGGCCAAGUUAAUUCAGCAGAAGGUUGAGAAUGCUCAAGCUUUCCUGUGGCUCAGCCAGCUCCGACAUCGCUGGGAUGAUCAGAGUAGCCACUGUUUUGCCAACAUUUGCGAUGCUCAGUUCAAGUAUUCCUACGAAUAUCUCGGCAACACGCCUCGUUUAGUGAUUACGCCCCUGACUGACAGGUAAGGUUUUAAUUUGAACUUCCUAUAAAAAAUAGAAUAUAAUUGUGCCUACAGUUCUAUUUCUAUGUCUUUUCUUUUUUUGUUCUUCAAAGAGCCUAAUUACUGUGAUCUUCUUAGUUAGUCAGGUCUAAGCCAGGGUGAAACGGCCAACAAAAACUUGCACCUUGUUUUGUAACAUUGCUGCAAAUGAGUUGAAAAGCCUAUUGCUUGGUUUACCACCCACUUUCAAAACUGUCUUGCGACAAAUCAGGUUGUUGCAAGUUGCAAGAAUACUGAAUACUAGAAUACUUUUGCACGGGAAUCCCGCCACAUACUGGAUUUGCAUCACUCUCUGUAAAACAAGUUUGCAGUGGAUCGGUAAAACGGCCAACAUGUACAGAUUUUGUUGCAAAAAAUAGAACUAUUCUCUACUUUCUGCAACAACUUUUUGCAGCUUGCAACAACCUGAUUUGUUGCAAAACUAGUUUGAAUUUGGGUGGUAAAACGCGCAACAUGCUUUUCAACUCGUUUUGCAGCAAUGUUGCAAAACAAGUUGCACGUUUCUGUUGCCCGUGGUAGCUUUCGUAUCAGUUACUCAACGGUAUCUUUGUUCCUUUAAGGUGUUACAUCACUCUGACCCAGUCUCUUCAUCUCACUAUGAGCGGAGCGCCAGCCGGCCCAGCGGGAACUGGUAAAACCGAGACCACCAAGGAUCUGGGACGAGCUCUUGGAAUUAUGGUGUACGUGUUUAACUGCUCUGAACAGAUGGACUACAAGGUAAUAUCUAACGUUCUGCUCUUUGAAAGCUCCCCUAACCAACCUAUUUAUUUUCAGUGAUCGGCAAAAUGUAAUUGAGAAUACCAAUUUGAAGCCGUGUAAAAGUUCAAGUACCUGAUCGAGUUUUAAUUGGAAAUAGAGGUUUUUGGGAAGAUGAGAAAACUGGAGUACUCGGUUAAAGCUCUAGGAGCGAGGAAGAUAACGAACAACAAACUCAAUCUAAAUAUGGCGUCAUCUCCGAUACGAACUCGAGCUACAUUGCAUGAUGGGAAGCACCGUCGCCACCUUUUGCCCCCCCCCCCAAAGCUACUAUGACUACCCUAAGAAUAUAGAAUUGAAGAGUUUGAGGUCUUAGUUCCACCCAAAGUACCCCUUUCCCGCAAGUUCAUCGGGAUUAGGCGCUCCCUUUAUCUUGAUUUCAAGGGUACUUAGGGGGAGCUCGAUCGGAAAGAUAGAGAACUGUAGACACUAUUUAAUAUCAGAACGUUAAACUUGUUUUCUCUGUUUUUCUUUUUAGUCUAUUGGUAACAUCUACAAAGGACUGGCACAGACGGGAGCCUGGGGCUGUUUUGAUGAGUUUAACCGCAUCUCAGUUGAAGUGUUGUCAGUGGUCGCAGUGCAGGUCAAGUCUAUACAAGAUGCCAUCAAAGACAAGAAGAAACGCUUUAUCUUCCAAGGCGAAGAGAUUGUGUUGGUGCCGACAGUUGGUCUUUUUAUCACAAUGAACCCUGGAUACGCCGGCAGAACUGAGCUCCCGGAAAAUCUCAAGGCUUUGUUCAGGUAUAGAACAAACUUCCAGACAACUUAAUUACUGGGCGCGGUUCCAUACCAGUAACCAUCUUUUUACGGAAAUCGGUCAGAUUUUUCUUAGUAAAUAUGUUUUCAGGUAAAAAAGAGACCAAGAAACUGGGGAAGCCGUCUCCUACUCUUUACGAACAGUGCUUGGGUUUUUUAACGUCUCACUGAUGAGCAAGGGUUGUGUUACGGGCUUACGGUUUAACGUUCUUAUCCGAGACUGGGAAGUUCAACCGUUUUGUGUAUAUCAUUAUAAAAGCAGCACUUUCCCCUUAGUCAUCAAAAGGCCUUGAGUACUGGGUAUAAUAUAUACACUCUCAACAUAUACAAACCCUUUGCUUUCGACAUCUCAAGUGGGCCAUCGAAAAUAUGAAAGAGUAAAAUAAGUCAUCUUUUCCUUUUUCAGCUUUUCCUGCGAGAUAAUAGUAUAAACUUGGCAUGUCUGGUGUCGGUUUAGUGAAGGCUAUGCUUUAUUAUAUAUUUCAGACCUUGUGCCAUGGUGGUUCCUGACUUCGAGCUGAUCUGUGAAAUCAUGUUGGUAGCUGAAGGUUUCUUGGAUGCUCGAGCGCUGGCUAGAAAGUUUAUUACGUUGUACUCACUAUGUAAAGAACUUCUCUCUAAACAGGUCAGAGCUGUGUGUAUGCCAGUUCCUCACGUAGGCGUUAUUUGGGUCAUAGUGCAACCCUUAUGAAGAAGAGUAUUUUUGACUUGUAGGGAAUUUCUAAUGGAAGAUAAGCUCUAACAUUUUAAAGGGGGGCUCACAAACAAGCAAGGUUAUGACGGAUGCAAGUGAUGUGGCGCCAUGGGUCCACUUUGAUUGUCGCUACUGAGGGAUCCCUUUUCACGUUGGUGAUCGCACGUCAGCGCGAGAUCUACACUAUGAAAAAGUGUUGCAUAACGAACUAAAUCACUUAGAGUGGGUAGGAGAACAUGCCAUUUCCAAGAAAGGACCCAAGGCAGAAAGUUAAGUGAAAACGUUUAAAUAUCUCGUGGUAAAUUUCUUUGUUUUCUAUUAUCUUUAGGACCAUUACGAUUGGGGUCUGCGUGCUAUUAAGUCAGUGUUGGUCGUGGCCGGUUCUUUGAAGCGAAGUGACCGUGAACGCCCUGAAGAUCAAGUGCUUAUGCGUGCAUUGCGUGACUUUAACAUUCCUAAGAUUGUCACGGAUGAUGUUCCUGUCUUCAUGGGUCUGAUUGGUGAUCUCUUCCCUGCUCUUGAUGUGCCAAGAAAGCGUGACAUGGAUUUUGAAGCUCUGGUCAAGAAAUCUGCCCUGGUAAGGCUUGAAUUUGUCGUAGUUUUAAAACGACCGAUGUAGUAUCGGAUUUGGAAUCGGAAAUAGUUAUGGUGAUCUGGGUUAGUUAUUAAAAAUAAUCAUUUAAUAAUCAUUUGAGCUUGGGUGUUAAUACCUACGAAGUUGGUGGAGCUGGGCAAUGCUCUAGCAUGAGAAAGGAGGUAUCCAUGGGAACCCUGCGAGCGGCCUCCACCAGGCACCCUCACGCUUAACUGUUCAGUGGAGUACUUACCUUGCCCUGACUUAAAGAAGGAGGGAGGGUUGGGAGAAACAAAGCACUAAAACGGCAAGCAAGCAACAAGCUGAAGAGCUGUAACCGAGCGACUGCGUAUAGAAGUCACGAGGUUUCCCCUGCUUAGGGUAUCGGGGCCCCCCCAAGCAUAGUUGAGAAAACUGCUGACCAGCGUUGGCUCGAGGUUAACUUUAAAGGCACAUUAAAUAUAUCGUAUAAACUUGUUCUCCCUCAGGAUCUCAAACUUCAAACAGAAGACAGCUUUAUCCUGAAAGUGGUACAGCUCGAGGAGUUGCUAGCUGUGAGACAUUCUGUGUUCGUUCUUGGUCCGGCGGGAACUGGUAAAACACAGGUGAUAAAAACCCUCAAUAAAACUUAUCAGAAUCAGAAGAGAAAACCGCUGCUCCAUGAUAUCAAUCCCAAAGCCGUGACAGCAGAUGAACUGUUUGGAUUUAUAAACCCUUCGACCAGAGAAUGGAAAGAUGGUGAGAUACAUAUCCAUGUUAGCACGCAGAAAGAAAUAUAUUCUGUUGUUGUUACCCGAGUUUCUUUUAAAGAACAACUUAGCUGCUGUUUAAAGCUUUAUAGAAGCGUGAGGUUACUACGUACUGGAAAGUUUAUUUUUUGUCAUAUUAUUAUACCAGCGUUGGCCGCCUGCGCUCUUGUGCUAAGGUACCCCUGCAUACGUCGAACUCUCUGGUCAACAGCGUGCCAAAAGAUCGAAAACGAAAACGAACCAGAGAAUUCUGUUCAUCCUCACAGAACAGGGUUUCAUUGUAUGACUUCCCUCAAGUUGCAUCAUGAAACGUAACUCUGCGGGAACCGCUUCUAACAAACACAGUAUUUUCAUCUGAAUUUGGAAAGAGAUUGUAAUGCAGGCACCCUCCCACACAGACGUUUUUAGGGCUUCGUCUUGCGUUCCUUGGAGAAGGAAGAACGUUUGCAUGGAAGGUUAUAAUGGUGGCUGAUUCUUUAUUGUUUUUUUUUACUUUGCAGGUUUAUUCUCUACUAUCAUGCGUGAUCUGGCUUCGAUCAAUAAUGACAGUCCUAAAUGGAUUGUACUAGACGGUGAUAUUGAUCCAAUGUGGAUCGAAUCUUUGAACACAGUCAUGGACGACAACAAGGUAACUAACGAGACUGCACUCUCAGUUUCCAUAGUUAUUCAGACAAGAAAACCGAACUAGUUCUGGAAGGGAAAGAUAUAAUAAAGGAGAGCGAAGGGCAAAGAAAAAUACCUUCAGUCCCCGACAGAAUUCGACCUUAUAUAUAGACUUCCUGAUCACCAUGCGGGCAAUUCAUCCAAUAUACUUCGGAGAGAGUGACGGAGAGUAGGCCAUUUUCUAGGUUGAUAUGCUGAAUAUAACGGGCAGGCAUUACAAAGGUGUGUAGGGAAGUCAAGCUUUGGCGCCUAUAAAAGUUUGUAUCGUGGAAAAAACACGAAGAACAUAAGAUGGAAAAAAGUUGCACCCCCGGAACAUUCUUGUCGUCUUCACGUUUUUGGGUGUUUGUUUGAUGGGGUAAAAACAGUUUUUUUUUCCUGUUGGGUUGGUGGUCGAGUAAACAGCUUUUAACUUCCAGUAGAUAACAUAGUUCAGGCCUCGGUGGUUCAAACGUGCGACAGUUUUUUUAGGUUUGAUUUUAAUGAAAAUUACCGACCUAGCUGCCAGGGUCCUCUCCUUUCUCGGCCAGGCCGAGUAGGAGAGUACCCUGGGAACGAGGUGGGGAAAUUACAUGAGUAUUACAAAUACACUUAAUUGGGGGUCCGCUUAAUAGAGGUUUCACUGUAGUAAAUGCAAUGCUUUUUAAAAAACAUGUUGGCAGUGAGACGAAGGAAAAAAAAUAACAUUACAAUACUUAUGAAUAAACGAUUUUACAUUUUUACAACGCACUGAAAAAAAUCAAUCAAUAAACAAAACAAUCAUCCAUGGGAUAAAUCACUAUGCAGUGAAUAUGUCUUAGGAAACCAAUUGCAUCAUCCACUAGUUAGAGAUUUAUCCAGUGCAUAGUAUUAUUCACCUUUUGAACAACUGAGGCCUAUAUUGUUUGAGAAGAAAAUUUCACAGUGUUAGUUUUAUGCUCGAUUUACAAAUCAUAGUAAAGCAGACGAACUGGCAUUGCUGCCUUACCUGGUAUUAUAAAAAAACAAUCUGUUUUGUUCCCUGCAGGUUCUUACCCUAGCCAGUAAUGAACGUGUACCUCUGACGCCAUCAAUGAGACUGUUGUUUGAGAUCGGUCAUCUGAAGACAGCUACGCCUGCUACUGUAUCCCGAGCAGGAAUUCUCUUUCUUAACUACGCUGAUGUAGGCUGGAAUCCGUAAGUACCAGCUCUUGAUGUCCUAGGUGAUGUCCUAAACCGUAUUAAGGAAUUAAAAAUCGCAAUUAUUCACGAAAAAAUAAAACUUAAGAUGAUAAGUUCGACGCAAGGUGUCAAUUAAAAUCGAUAAACUCAUAUUUGGGCUUGAGGAAGAAGUAACAAUCCUAGGUGAGUAAACAGUGUCAAUUAUUGCAGAGUUAUUAUGUGGUGGUGAUUUCUUUGGUGGCGAUUUCGUUGGUGGCUAGAUGACCGUAAACAUCUUCUCUAGGCUAUAUUCGGUACAUCUGAAACCAAGAUGGCCGCCCGUCACGUGAUCACGAAGAUCUCAUGAAAAAAUGGAGGACUUUGAACAGGUUAUUGCAUAAACAAAAUCAGCACUUCAAAAUUCCAGUGCGAUCAAAGAGAUUCGAGGACCAACGGUUUGCCAGGCUGCGGAGGCUGUAACAAGUUUCGUUGGAUAAAGUUGUUUAGUUAUUCAGUUUAAUUCAUAAGCUUCACUACCUGCUAACGAAUUGAGAUCUUUUCUUUUUUGCAGGUAUGUAUCAAGCUGGAUUGACACGCGUGAAGUUCAAUCGGAGAAAGCUAACCUGCAAAUCCUGUUUGACAAGUACGUGCCCAUCUGUCUAGACACCCUACGCGUACGCUUCAAAAAGAUCACGCCUGUCCCGGAUAUCACCAUGGUUACAACCUUGUGUUACUUGCUAGAGUGCCUACUGAAUCCCACCAAUACACCACCAGACUGUAACAAGGAACUGUACGAGUUGUACUUCGUGUUUGCAGCGGUCUGGGCCUUCGGUGGAGCCAUGUUCCAGGAUCAGGUUUGUGUCAUCGUUGGUAGCGUUACCUUCCUGCUAAAAUAUUUAGGCAUUGAUCUGGUAGAAGAGAACAUAAAGGACCUUUUAUGUACUCUUGACUUGUGCAACCGGAAACCUUAGCUUCAACGAGAGAGAUAAAUGGCACAGGAGAGAAUUCUCUUCCUUCGAAAGACUUAAUUUGGAUGUCCAGCUGGCCAACUGGUCCCAGUUGUUAAAAAGGUGUGAUAGUACUAUCCACAUGAUAUAUCUCUAUCCAGUGGAUAGUACAAUUGGUUUCCCCACUACUUAUCCACCAGACCCUAGUUGCUCAAAAGUUUGAUAACGCUAUUAACUGGGUAAAUAUCUUUGCAGUUGAUAACGCAAUUGGUUUCCCUAAAACUUAUCACCUGGACAGCGUUUUAUUCGAUGGAUUGCGCUAUCCAGCUUUUGAACACUCGAGGCGAGACCUUCGUUCUAACCGGGAUCACUAUUGCAAUAUUACGGAAGCCUUUGCAUAAGCUAAAAUUCGUAUUUUCUCUACAGCUGGUUGAUUACCGAGUGGAGUUUUCCAAGUGGUGGGUGACUGAAUUUAAGACAAUCAAGUUUCCCUCGGCUGGCACUGUCUUUGAUUACUUCAUUGACAGUGAAACCAAGAAAUUUGUGCCGUGGACCGAAAAAGUUCCUAAAUUCGAGCUGGACUCCGAGAUCCCAUUGCAGGUAGGAUGCUUCAGUUUGACCUCCUAUAUUUUAUGUUCUCUCGUAGUUAGUAGACGGGAAACCCUUAACCAGCUAUGGUUUUCACAUGUCCUUCUUGGACCUCCUAUGACUGUUGAAAACCAGUUUUCAGUGUCCCCUCGAAACUAGCACUUCCGUCCUUCGAAUUUGAUGAUUGUAGGAAGAAACUUUUAGAUACUUGAUGAUUGUGCUAAUACGUAACAAAUUUUUUUCUCCAUGUGUGUUUGUCUAAUCUAAUAAAUUACCUGCCCAGUGCCUUGGGUUUGCCUGGCUUUUAAACCUACAAGUCAGUUUUAAGCUGCUUCAAAGGAGCUCAUAGACAGUCAUUGUGGAUAACGGCGCCAUACCAUCAACAGCAAAACGACUCUCACUCUAUUUGAUAAUAAACAAAAUUUAUAUAUAUCGAUUGUUUCAAACUUGCUGUGCUUUGUUAUUUCCAGGCGGUACUCGUACAUACUCAAGAAACCAUUCGAGUGCGAUACUUUAUGGAUCUUUUGAUGGUAAACCGCAGACCAAUCAUGCUCGUAGGCAGCGCAGGUACGGGUAAGACGGUUUUGGUUGGCGACAAAUUCGCGGCCUUGGAUCCUGAUAACUUCAUGGUCACCAAUGUACCUUUCAAUUACUACACAACAUCCGCUAUGCUGCAGGCUGUCUUAGACAAACCACUGGAGAAGAAAGCUGGUCGCAACUAUGGCCCACCUGGAACGAAAAAGCUGAUCUAUUUUAUCGACGAUAUGAACAUGCCCAUGGUAAGCAAUGCAGUAGCCCCAAAUGCCAAGAUUUGAUAGGCGCCUCAGGGAAGUAGUCGCUGUCAAAAGAAGGACCAGAGGUAGUCUCUGGCAUAGAAGGAACACGCGAUAGUUGACGAGCAUUCUCUCGGGCCACGCGUGACUGAAAGCACGAGACGGGAUAGGCGCCAUCGCUUCUUGCGUCCCUCGCGCGCGUUCCACCCCUAGUCACUCUGAAGAAAGAGAAGAGAUUGCUUUCAUUAGUCUAGACACAUGAGCGCGACUGAGUAGCUUAGUACUUACGCGAAGAUAAAAUGUUUUUAAAGAUUAACAAAAUUAGUUUUUUGGUUUAGGUCACGGAGUGCGGCGUUGCCCAUUUAUAAAGAGCACACUAUGUAUCCCUUACAGAAAGCUUAAAUUAAUGGAAAAACUUAACACCACCUCCAAAGCUUCUCUUAGUCAAUUAGGAGAGUUAGUCAUUAACGAGAGAGGUUCUAACUACAGUGCUUUGUCUGUGAAAAGUUCGGUGUUUUGGAAUGAUGGUCUCUUACGACAGCUUGUCGAAUAUGGAGCGGGUUCGACUGUAUGUGGUCACACCCAAAGAUUGAAAGUGAAAAUGAAUCUUUGCUUUGUUUUAAUUUAGGUUGACACGUACGGCACAGUACAGCCUCACACAUUGAUCAGGCAACACUUGGAUUAUAAUCACUGGUACGACAGAGCUAAGCUUAGUCUCAAGGAGGUCCAUAACUGCCAGUAUGUUGCUUGUAUGAAUCCCACGGCUGGCAGCUUCACCAUCAACCCCCGUUUACAGGUCUGUAUCAGAUGGUCUCCGGUUUUACACUAAAUUCUUAUUCAUCACAUAAUUAACGAGGAAAAUUAUCGAAUUCCUGAUCGCUGUAAGAUUUGGAGGGAAAAAGAGGACAAGAAGAAGACCAGCGUUGAGCUGUCACCCACAGUGGAAAUGAAUCGUGAGCCAAAUUAUAAAAUAGCCUAUCAUGCACAAACCGCGAUGAAUAAUAUCUUUCAUGAUAUAGUUUCUUUAUUUACCCUCGGCAGUAUUUAUAGCACGAAGGCUAGUGAGGCCGAGCGAAUUACUCAAACAAAUACUAAUUUAUAUGAGACGUAAGGAGGUUAAGAAGAGGCAAAACAGUUGAUAUUUACGAGAGUGUUUGAGAAUUUAAACUCGGGACUUCCUAGAAACAAUCCAGCUAGCAGUCACGGCGGCGCUUGAAUUUGGUGGGGGCUCCGGGUUUGCUGGGCCGCGCGCAGACAGCAUUCCGAGUUGAGCAAGCCACACGGGUACAAGAGAGCGGGGAAGAAAGGAGAGCCUGCGACUAUUACUGAAGAAUUUCUAUUUCCACUCCGCCUCGACUCGAGCCUCGAGCGUAACUUCUGGCGAUAACUUCUAAAUUUCAUAACGUGUGUUACAAUGGCGCAAAUAUUUAUAUAUAUCUCAUUUUCUUUAUUAGCGCCACUUUGCAGUGUUUGCCAUCAGUUUUCCAGGACUGGACGCUCUAAAGACGAUCUACUUGAGCAUCUUAAACGGUCAUAUGAACGCUAUGAGUUUUCCUCAGGCUGUGCUGAAAAACUCAGAGAAGCUUGUUGACGCAGCUCUAGCCAUGAACCAGAAGGUAACUCUUACCUUUCCACUGUAGCUGUGUUGUAGCACUUUAGAAUGCUAUAGUACUACUGUUCCACUGCCCUUUUUGUAAAGGACAAUAAGCACGUAAUAACUAGCCCCAAGGCCGUCUUGUUACACCUCUUAAGUCAAAAUAAGACAAAUUUUAAAUUAGGUUUUCUGCCAUGGCUGCGAAAAAAAUUUUCUUGGAGCGACUGGCACACAAAUUUCCCGCGGUUUCAUGACGCACGAUCUGAUCACGAGCGACGCAUGGCAAGUGACACAUUCUACGUUCUUGACUUGAGAGGUUCAACAAAGUUUUUAUUUGCCCACAGUUGAUUACUUGUAGUUACUUACAGUAUUGAUCGCUCUACCGUACCCACUCGAUAAUAUUUUUGACCUCUGAACACUUCGCUGUGUGGGCAACCAUGGCGCCAUCUUCACUGUGAGGAUCGAUGCUCUUGCGUUCGUUUAUUGCGUUUAUUUGUUCGCGUAUUGGCAUUGUAUGUAUCCUUCAAUGGUUAAAUCGUCUUAAAAUUUAAGUGAUAUUUUGAGGCUUUUCCUUGUGACUAAGUUUUUUCUUAUUUAUCUUUGUUCAAUCCAGGUCACCUCAACCUUCUUGCCCACUGCUGUGAAAUUUCACUACGUUUUCAACUUGCGAGACUUGUCCAACAUCUUUCAGGUUUGUUCUCUUCAAGCAUUUAUCACGUGUUUGUCCUGUCAGGCAUUAACCCUUUAAGCCCUAAGAGUGAUGAGCGUCAAAUUUCUCCUUGUAAUAUCAAUGCAUUAUAAAACAGAGUGGUCAUGAGAAUUAAGGACAUGAUCACACAAGAUGAAUCUAAUUAAUACUUCAACAAAUUCUCCCCACUACCUCUUUUGAAAACGUAUAGGGAUAACAAAUGAGAAUUUGAAUUUUGAUAUUAGUGUUUAAAGGGUUAAAUUGCAGCAGUCAACUAUCUCCUUCAAAAACCAAUCAGAAUAAAGUUACCUUUUAUCCAACAAGACGAAACCAGCUAUUUUCCCGCGCUGGUGCAAGUUGACGGCAGCUGCAUUUUCCCGCUCUUGGCUUUGGUCGCGUGUUCAUUUCUGAUUGGUUACUUGUGUGUUCUGUAGUGUUGUCAUUUGGAAAUGAUUCCCGCUAUAGCACACUGUGACGUGAAAAAUCAUUUAUAAAAUGUCGCGAUGUAUUUUUUUUUUCAGGGCAUCUUGUUCUCUACGGCAGAGUGCGUCAAGACACCAAUGGACUUGGUGAGGUUAUGGAUGCACGAGUGUGACCGAGUUUACAGAGACAAACUGAUAGAUGAGAAAGACAUGGAGAACUAUGACAGAAUUCAGGCAGACAUCACCAAGAAAGUAUUCGAGGUCUGUGCUUUCCUCUGCGUAACUUAUUUCAACAGCAAAGUUUACCUUGGCUUCAAGGUUACUUUAACAUGGUGCAGAAAAAAGGGAGAAUGGAAGCAAAUGGACCUUCAGUACCUACACACCCCUCCACUGAGCAUAUGAGAUCGAGGCCUGAGUUGGCAAUUUCAUACAAAUCACUGUAUUUUUCCAACCUAAGUCUCGAGUGUGUGCUUCUGUUUGCAGGAAUACGGAAAGGUCUAUUUUCGUUUCAAACAAACCCAAAAUUCAUGUGCAAAUAGGAAGCAGUGCUAUGAAAUCGGAAAUGCGAAUUAUGUUUUGUAUUGUGAGCCGAGAAGUGCGAAACUAUAAUUCCCUCUGGAAGUAAGUCUUAGAAACUGAGAUAAAUCAGGUUGGGAAUCAAAGAAAGACUUUUCACUUCACUUCAUACGCAUGUUUAUGGCUUGUGUAUUUAGUGAGUGAAUACAGGUUAUUUGUUUCUUCGUUUAGGACUUUGACGAAGAAGCCCUCUAUGCCAAGCCUAAUAUGUUCUGUCAUUUUGCGAGUGGGAUUGGAGAGCCGAAGUAUUUGCCGGUCCAAGGCUGGGAGUCAUUAAACAAACUGCUCACAGAGGCCUUGGAAAACUACAAUGAGGUUAACGCGGUCAUGAAUCUUGUGUUGUUUGAUGACGCUAUGCAGCACGUGUAAGUGCCACUAAUGUAUCUAAAAUUAAUCUCUUUUACAAAUCUCUCUUUUCUCUCCUCUCUCUUUUCAAAUGCAGCUAUACCUCUCAUUUAUUUUUCUGUUCACCCACCAUAAACAUUUAAAAUUUGAUAGGGCAUUUAUUUAUUCCACACAAUGUUCCUGCCCAAAGAAUUUGGCAGAAAAAAAGGAACGAACCUAGAAGUCCGUUAAUGUAUUUGUGAUUUCAGUACGAUGUUUCCCGUAAUUUCAAAUAUCUUAAACGUGGUAUUCUUGUGUUUCUAGCUGCCGAAUCAAUCGCAUACUGGAAUCACCCCGCGGUAACGCCUUAUUGGUCGGUGUUGGUGGAAGCGGAAAACAGAGUUUAGCUCGUUUGGCUGCCUUUAUUAGUGCUUUGGAAGUGUUCCAAAUCACGCUUCGAAAAGGAUACGGCAUCCCGGACCUUAAGGUGUGAUAUCAGUAAUAUUUUCUAGCUAUAUCAAUGCGUUUUUAAAGCUAUGAAUUUCGAAUGGCUAUCUAGCUUUCAAAUUCAAAAGAAUUGCGCUCUAAUUAAAUCGCCUCCAGCUAUAGUGGUGGUAUCACGAAAGAAUCCAGAUAGACGACGCUUUGUUAGUAAGUUCGAUUUGACGUAUCUGUUUUUGAUGUACAUAUGUUGGAGUCAUAACCCCACUAUCAUUAGUACUAUGAACCACCCUCCCCUCCCGCAUCCGCUACUGGUCAGUUGUGAAGGGCUGCUCUCGUGUUUAUGUUCUUUCACUAGUCGUACCGCGGCACUGUUAGCUCAGUCGGUAGACCGUGUGACUGCAGUGCGAUUCCUGGGGCCGGACCAAUAUUCAGGAUCUUUAAAUAACUGAGAAAUGAAGGUACUACCUUUGCACUGCAAGCGGCUAGACCUUCGCGUGGCUAGGGUGACCAAGUAAAAUGGCGAUCCUGUCUCCAGAAGGAGACGUAAAAAUAGUGUCCCCAAUUAGUACUUUCGUGCUAAAUACAUCGACACUCAAAUAAAGUGCAUUUUUUUUAGCGACUGUCUCGCGGUUUUUAUACGCGCGCUCGACGUUCUCGAAAGAGAAUAUAGAGGGUCUUUGAACAGGCUAUGACUUUCUCUGAAAUUGUCUGAGGGCUAAAGUAAAACAAACACUGUAGCAAACUUGAGGCGACUAACUACUGUUUGUUUUUUGUUUUUCUCCUUUUGGUCAGCUUGAUCUAGCAAACUUGUGCCAAAAAGCAGGUUUGAAGAACAUUGGGACGGUGUUUUUGUUGACGGACGCACAAGUUCCCGAGGAAAGUUUCCUUGUGCUGAUCAACGAUCUGUUAGCCUCUGGUGAAAUCCCUGGACUUUUUGCCGAUGAUGAGGUUGAAAAUAUCAUUUCUGGCAUAAGGAAUGAAGUGAAAGGCGCUGGGCUUCAGGACACCAGAGAAAAUUGCUGGAUGUUCUUCAUUGAGCGAGUGCGACGAAACUUGAAGGUAAGCAAAAUAACAAUAAGAGAUACCCCAACUUAUACAAGUAAUUAGAGGGUGCGAGAAGACUCUGAUGAAGCCGGGUCUCUCUGUGAGAAUUCUUUUUCAAAAAAAUAGAUGCUUAGUAAGUGUUAAUUUGUGCAUAGGAAGAAACAUGAACGUAUGUGUGGGAUAAUUUACAAGGAUUUUCUCUUCUAAGCAAAAUUACAAAUCAGAGUACCUGAAGCUCCUUUUUGAAGACCGAAUCGAGAUUUUGAAGCUUUCAAGAUUUCAAGGACCGUUGAAAGUUAUUAUCACUCCAGUUUUAUAAGUAGUUUUAUUGAUGAAAAUGUGUAUCGUUUCUAGUCGAAGUCGUGUCUGACAGUUUUAUUACCGCCGCUGACAGGUUGUCCUUUGUUUCUCACCCGUGGGCUCCACUUUGCGUGUGAGGAGUCGUAAGUUCCCGGCUGUAACUAACUGCACCGCUAUUGACUGGUUCCAUGAAUGGCCCCAAGAAGCUUUGGUGUCCGUCAGCAAGAGAUUCAUUGAUGACUUGGAGCAGCUCGAGGUAAGAAGGAUAUUUUUUACUAACUUUUAUAUACGUGAAUUGCUCGCUGAAACAAUGAUUAUGAUAUGAAUGGAAUUCUGUAGGUUCAAAACAAUGUCCUUUCUGUCAGCGAUCUCACGUAUCCGUUUCCAGUCUGUUGCCGUUGCCAGUCUGAAUGGUUUACUUUGUGUAUUCCUCAUGGUUAGAAAACCUUGUUUCAAAACAUUGCUUAACCACCGUACAGAUUGAGCUUACUAUCGCGCGUUCAACUAUCCCCAAGGAAAAUGAGGGACCACUCGGCUAGAACUUUCAGAUUUCAUAAUGAUGGCCAGCUUAAAUAAUCAUCUGCCCGUGUCGUUCAAACUUUGGAUAGUGCUAUACACUUGAUAAAUCACUAUCCAGUGGAUAAAUAUUGGGGAACCCAGUUAUGUUAUUCAGUGGAUAGAGAUUUAUUCAAUGAACAGCAUUAUCCACCUUUUGAACAACUGGGCCAGCCCGGCCAAGAUCUGUUAUUUUCACUCUUUUCCUACGAGAAAGCCCAUCCUUUCUACAGGGUUUUUGCAAAAUAUCUUGUUUUGAAUAAUAUAGUUUUCACUUUUCGUCUUUAUGGAAAUGCAUUGGUUUUCUUAUCUUCUCAGAAUGAGGUGAAGCAAUCAGUAGCCGAGUUCAUGUCUUAUGUUCACACGAGUGUCAACGAAGAAAGUCAGCUGUAUCUUGCAAAUGAAAGGCGCUACAACUACACCACGCCCAAGAGCUUCUUGGAACAGGUAUCCACACCAUUACUACAUUUCCUCUUACACUUGUUACAGUUAGGGCCGAAAAGUGUCUUGUGCGACCUGCCACACCAGGUACUGUUACUUUUUCAAGAUGUAGUCUUGUGCAGUUGUAGGAAAUAGGAGUUACAAUGGUAGGCGACGCAUCCUUCCGUCUUUUUAACUCAAAGUCUUGGUUUUGCCAUCAGGGAUGGCCAAACUUUGACGAGAAAAGAAUUUUGUUAGUUAGCAAAAAAUGUUUUACUUUGUGGAAAAGUCUAACAUCACCGAAAGAGAGCACAGCCAAAAGAGAAUCCACUCGGGCUCUUGGUAAAGCUCAAUAGUAGCUCUUGAUGGUGGGAGUAUCUAGUAUUAAGUCAGAAACUGAAAAGUUAGAAUCACCCUGUUCAGUAUUGUGGUAGCACCACAGUAAGGUUGCGCUGAGUUUUAAGAUUGCACUCAGCGUUGCGCACACCGUAAGAUUGUAUCCCUUCUCAACUCGCUGGCGUUUCUCUCUUGAUGUAACUUGAUUUUUGUUUUUGUCUCUUUUUUUCGUAGAUUACAUUAUAUCGUAAUCUUCUGAAAAAGAAGUCGCUGGAGCUGAGCCAGAAAACUGAGCGUCUGGAAAACGGUCUGUUAAAGCUGCAGAGUACAGCUUCUCAGGUGGAUGACUUGAAAGCAAAACUCGCCUCACAGGAAGUGGAACUCAAACAGAAGAACGAAGAUGCAGACAAACUCAUCGAAAAGGUGGGAGUGGAGACAGAAAAGGUCAGCAAAGAGAAGGCGAUUGCAGACGAGGAAGAGAAAAAGGUGCAAGUUAUUGCUAAAGAUGUGUCUGAAAAGCAACGUUCUUGCGAAGAGGAUUUGGCGAAGGCGGAGCCUGCACUGAAGGCCGCUCAGGAAGCUUUGAACACUCUCAACAAGAACAACUUAACAGAGCUGAAGUCGUUUGGUUCGCCGCCUUCCGCUGUUGUCAACGUCACGUCUGCUGUCAUGGUGUUGCUUGCUCCGUCUACCAAGAUCCCCAAGGACAGGAGCUGGAAACAGGCUAAAAUCAUGAUGGCUAAGGUACAUGUGCCCCUUUUCCUCCCCUCGUCUUCCCCUUCAGAUUGUUUUACCAUUCAUUUGAGAGAUUCUCACAAUAAGGAUAAUCCAUUUCUUCUCCACGAUCAAGUCAACGAGUGAUCUGAAUUCAACAAUCAGCGACAAAAUUAGUUGACACAUUUUGUCCUAAAGCGCCUCUCGGACGUUUAGCCGACUUCAAAAGGGGAAAAAGAGAUUUCCUUUCCCCACCCCUCCAUGCAAUGUCGUGCCACUGUUCGAGCUACCGGUAGGAACCAACAAACACCCCAAGUUUGAAUGGAGGGGAGGGGAGGGGUGUGGAUUAUUUUGUUCUCCGAAGGUACCCCGUUUGAGAACAGUAUCUCAACAAGUUUGUCGCCGAUUGAAGGUUGCUUGGGAUUCCGCGUUGUUUUUUUAAACUGUGUACUUCAUGUGACUAGAGAUAAGAUUCAUCUGUAAUAUUUGCUACCAUAGACCCAAAACGCGAUCAAUAUUUCGUGGUGGAUAUAGCAGUAUAUAGGGGAGUUUUGGGAACUGUUUUAAGUGGCAGUUCGUCUGUCAACACUAAGAACUUUUAACAUUAUGAUUAUUAACUCUAUGCUUUUCUCUUUCAAAGGUUGAUCAAUUUUUAGAUCAGCUGGUGAAUUAUGACAAAGAAAACAUCGCUGACAGUAACCUUAAGGCAGUGCAGCCAUAUCUUGACGAUCCGGAGUUUGAACCCGACUUCAUUCGCGCCAAAUCUGCCGCUGCAGCGGGCAUCUGCGCAUGGGCAAUCAACAUCAUCAGGUUCUAUCAUGUUUUCUGUGAUGUUGAGCCCAAGAGACAAGCUUUGGCUGCUGCGAAUGCCGAGCUGGCAGCGGCAGAAGAAAAGUUGGCAAAGAUCAAGGCCAAGAUAGCUGAGCUGGAUGAUAAUUUAGCUGAGCUUACGGCUUCGUUUGAGAAGGUAAUGAUUGAAUUGUAUGAACAAGUUUCACAAUCAUGCAGUGGGCGCACAAAUUUGCAUUUAGGCAUGGUACAAAGAAAGUCUCUCGGUUUUACUGUUUGUCAUUUUGGCAAGCUGUAGCUAGCAUCCACUAGCCCAGGAGUCAAUUUAACUAGCCCCUAAAAACGUUUUGAUGAACGCGAUCGAUUACAGUUCCUCUGUAAUUUGAAUUCCACAAAAAAACGUUGUUUGCCCCGAGUUGCCGGCCAGGCAAAUUAAGAACAGAAUUCACAAGCCCCGGGCUAUCUGACACGACUUUCUUUGAUACUAUGUUUCUGUCUUAGAGAGGUUUCCUCCAAAGAAAAUGAAAUGUAGAACGGCUGGGACCAACUGUAGGGGUCCGUUUAAGAAAGGUGUCCGUCUUGUGUUCGUUUUCUAGACUUGUUUUCGGAGAGGGGAGGGAAAAGGGAAAUUACCGAUCAAUGCUGAUCUUGCAUUGUGAUUCAUUUCAAGGCGACAGCUGAGAAACUGAAGUGUCAACAAGAAGCAGAACAGACAGCGAUGACCAUCGAGUUGGCUAAUCGAUUGGUUGGCGGACUGGCCUCGGAAAAUGUUCGUUGGGCCGAGUCGGUGGCGAACUUUAAAGAACAAGAGAAGACCCUACCUGGUGAUGUGUUACUAACUACAGCGUUCGUGUCUUACAUGGGCUGCUUUACAAGAAAAUACCGCGACAAUCUCAUGAACGGGAAAUGGCUUCCAUUCUUGAAAGGCCAGUCGGUACGUAAAUCCCAAAUAUUAGGGUCUAUAACAAAGGGUGUAGUUGACUCAAUGACUACGGUAAGCUGUCACCGAGAGAGUUUUGUACUCACUGGGUUUCUUUAUACGCGCUUGUAAAUAGAUCUUUCCACUCUUUGUAAUAUCCAUUGAUAAGAGCGCCUAAAAAUUGGAAAAGUUACAAAGUUUAAAGGUGAUAAGUUAAACGCGGGCGAAGAUAUUGCUCCACAAAGUCGCGAAAGUUUAUAGACUUUUGUAUGGUGAGGGCAUGAACUUGCCCCCCACCGUACCAUACGAACGUGGUCUGUCAAAUUUGGUGACUUUGUCGAGCCAUAUCUUUUAUAGUUUCAAACAGAUCACGUUCAAAAUUUACCAGGGGCAUCCAACGACUGUUUUCUGUGAAAUAUCUGUUCGGAGAAGUAAAAAUUGCCUAGAAUUUUCUAUAGCUUGAGGAAGGCUAAAAAUUUCUAGAUGACCGUUCCAUUCAUGUACACAAUUUUCGAAGCUUAUCUAAUAAAUUCCCCACGAUUUUCUGAAGGUUCAUUUUCCCUUUUCACUCCCUAGGUUAGGUUAUUUUUCGUAGAGAAAGGAAACCUAAAAUUUUCGGAAUUAAAUACAAUGCAGAAAGGAAUCAGAAAAACUAUCACUUUCGGAAAACUUUAAAUUGCUGCAAAAAUUUUCGGGAAAAUUAGACUGAAGCCCUCUAACUUCGAAAAGACUCAAGUUACCCUAGGAUGACCGAACAGAUAUAAAUUUCUUAGCGCCGCUUAGAAUACAUCUCUAGAGAUCUGAAAGCACUCUGGAUAGCCUAAAAAGUGUUUUCAAAGUAAUUAGUGGGAAACCUUUGGUUGGGUGCCCCUGAUUUACUUUUUAACUAGUUUUAAGGUGGUUUUUGGCCACGUUGACGGAUUUUUCCUAACUGGUCCAAGCCAAAACUUGAAAAAACCGAGGAAGGGUCUGUUAAGACAUGGUGGCCAUAUCCACAAUGAAACGUCUUAGUGGUUUUACAGGCAGUUUCUGGAGGCCGAUGCAGUUCUACGAGACUUUUUAGGGAGCUUGAGCAACAACGAAGGCUACGAAAACGUCACUUAAAAAAUGUGUUCACGCUGCUUCAAACUUUAUCGCGCUUAUUUUAUCCUUUCAAAUGUUGGUGAAUUUUUCUGGAGUUGAAUUCUAAAGGACUGUAUCAAAGUUCGGUGAAAGAAAAAAGGAUCGUUGCCUUGUUUUUUCCUCAACAAAACGUGAAGUUAGGCAGUUUCACGUCGUAGUCUUGCAACGACGGCAAAGAUAUGUACAAAGAAAUCGUGAUGCGCGUGCAAAGUUGUUGUUUUGCCUAUUAAACGUAUUGCUUUUUUGCCGUUCUUGUUGCCGUCGCCCUUGCUUAAGCUCCCUAAUCUUUCUGUCCCCGCUUUACUAUCACCCUUACUUUAAUGAAGUAUUAAAAAUGAAGUUUUUGUUUUCUUAGGUUCCCAUUAAAAUAACGGAAGGUCUUGAUCCUCUAACCUUGUUGACUGACAAUGCAACUAUCGCCCAGUGGAACAACGAAAACCUGCCAAGCGAUCGCAUGAGUACCGAAAACGCCACGAUACUGACCAACUGCGAACGAUGGCCAUUAAUGAUAGAUCCGCAGCUACAAGGAGUGAAGUGGAUUAAAACCAGAGAAGGUGAAGAGCUGAGGGUGGUCAGACUGGGACAAAAAGGGUGAGUAAUCGCUUUGGCUAUUCUUGCCAAUUGUCUGACAAACAUCAUCUUGCAAGUUGUAGACGAAGAUGCUUCUCUAACUAGUCUUAAGGUGGAUUUCCACUGUCGCCUAAUUUUUACCUGCGUAAAUAAAACUAUAGAGGCAAUGAAUAGAAGGUCGCGCGUAAAAUUAAAAGUUGAGCCUCGCUCAUCUUUAACAUUUACGCGCAAUGCUUCAUACAUUGCCUCGAUUUUAUUUAAACGGGUAAAAUGUACGUGCGUGCGCACGUAAAACUACGGACAGUGGAAAUCCACCCUUAGAGCAGUUGGCUUGUGGAGCUGGUGGGAUUUGGAGUGCUUGAUUAUUUAAUUUCGCGCGUGUUUUUGUCUUGAGGGUAGAGCUGUGAGAAGAAGCGAAGAAGUACAAUUGCUGCUCGCCUUUCGCAGCUCGCCGAAAAGCAGUCACGCAUUCGGAUGGUGCCAGCUAUGCAGCAAAUUUUUUGUAACUUUACUGUGCUCAAAAUUGUGGUUUAUCACAAAAAAAACCUUUUUUUAACUACGUUCAUUUCUGUCUAUUUGGUUUCACAGCACUCGACCGAAACAUUGACACCUUCCUUGCCUUACGUCUCAGUACCCCGUCGGUAGUGGACAGCAGCAUAACUAGGGUUGUGGGACUGGAGGCCGGGAGAGGAAAAGGGGGUGUCGGAUGUAGUUAGGACUCAAUUCAUGGAUGUAUUUUUGUAUUUCUAAAAGUUGAUCGCAAGACUUGUCUGUAUCUUAUGUCCGUUGUGUUUUCUUGCUCAGAUAUCUAGACACCAUUGAGCGAGCAGUAGCAAACGGCGAUUGUGUGCUGAUUGAAAAUAUGGGCGAGAGCAUGGAUCCAGUGCUUGAUGCUUUGGUUGGCCGAAACACCAUCAAGAAAGGAAGGUCUGUUUUGUUCCUCCGCAAGAAGCUUUUUCACUUACCGUAGGUUUUUUUUAAAUCAGAAGUUAGAACACCCGGAAGAACUUAACAAACAAAGAAGACUAAUCUAAAAGGAAUGACACCGGACAGUUUCAAUAACUGAUGAACUGUUGAUGCACAAAGUGUCCCAACGAAAUAGAAAAACUUGACAAAUGAAAUUGGGUUUAGUCUCCCACGCAGGCGUUUUGAGGGGUGCUUGUGGGGAGGAACGAAAUACGAGCUCCGCUAAAAACGCCUGGUUGGGAGGCCAAUUGGAGUUUGGAAGGGUUGGUUUUCGAGAAAAGAGAAAUACCGCAGUACCCGGACAAAAACCUCUUGGAGCAGGGGAGAAAACCAACAUCAAAAUCAACUCACCUAUGGCGUCGACGCCGGGACUCGAACCCUGGUCAAAUUGGUGGGAGGCGAGUGCUUUCUUCUCACCACCGCGCUACCCUUCUGUACACUUCAGCUAUCAGUAGGGAGCCAAUUAAAAGUAACCACAGCGACGACGUCAAAAAACAAUUGGAUUUAUGAGAAAACAACAGCUCUGCACGUGCAUCACGCUUUUUAGUACAUUUCUUUGACGUUCACUGCACGACUGCGACAAGCUUUCCAUUCCCUUUUUGAACUUGGGUUAAGUCCUUUAAGAAUUCAACUCCAGGAUAAAUCGCCUACAUUUGACAAAUUGAGCUGGUCCAAAUAGACGCGAUAAAGUUUGAAAGGACGCAAAUUUAAUUUUUUAGCGAUGUUUUCACCGUAGUCGUCGUUGUCUUUGCUUAAGGUCCCUAAUGUUUGAGAAGAAACAGAUUAUUGGACACUAAAAAAAAUGCUCUUUUUAAAUUGUUUCAGGUACAUUAAGAUGGGUGAUAAAGAGGUGGAGUACCAUCCAGAAUUCCGCCUUAUUCUUCACACAAAACUGGCCAAUCCACAUUACAAACCUGAGAUGCAGGCCCAGACCACACUGAUCAACUUUACGGUUACACGUGAAGGCUUGGAAGAUCAGCUGUUGGCUGAUGUUGUACGAAAGGAGAGACCAGAUCUUGAAGAGACAAAGGUAAUGGCUUCUUUUUAGAGGGCGAACGUUAGAUUAAUAAAUCGGUGUAGAGAAUGCUUUACAUUGAAUUAAAAAAAAUUAAAAUAUACCUAAUCGAUGCGAUUGCAGUUCUGUCUGGUGUUAUGCAGUUUUUUAUGCUGUAAAUUACACAACUGCCAUGAUAAUUUAAGCUCUGAUUUAUCUUCCGCUGUUUUCUGUAACAUGCAGGUAAGGACUGCGAUGACACAAGAAUGAAUUUUUUUUUUAAAACUGAAUUUUUCCUGAAAAAGGCGCUGGAAUUCAGGUCAAUUUUGUUAGGAAAUUGUCCCCCAUGUAUUAAAAGGAAUUAUGGAUCCAAAGCUAGUGUUUAUAUAUAAUAAUAAUAUAUUGAGACAAUAAUAUAUUGUGAUUUCUUUCCAGGCCAACCUGACCCAACAAAUGAACCAAUUUACCAUCAAGAUCAAAGAGCUGGAGGAUUCCUUGUUGGCUCGUCUCUCCGCUGCAGGUGGAAACUUUUUAGGUGAUUAUGCUCUUGUAGAGAACUUGGAGAACACCAAGCGAACCGCUGCAGAAAUUGAAGUUAAAGUCGCUGAGGGUAAAACAACUGAGGUCAAGAUCAACGAAGCCCGCGAGCAGUACAGACCAGCAGCUGCAAGAUCGUCGCUCCUUUACUUCAUAUUGAACGACCUCAACAAGAUCAAUCCGAUAUAUCAAUUCUCACUGAAGGUAAAUUAUUGAAUUCAUCUUAAAAUUUUUGUCAUAGUCCCGCAUUCGUGUGUUCCAUUUAAUUUUACCUAAACUUUAUUUAUAAUUAUUUUGUUUAGCGCCGAGAUUAGUAAUAUUUUUUCCGACGCUUAAAAAAAUUGAACAUAUUGAAUAGCAAAAAAAAAACUACUAAGGAUACCUUUAUUUUUCAAACUAGGUAGUCUCUACUAAAUACUUAAAAAGAGUGGCCAAAAAAUGAAACCUAGUUUGGUAAAAAAGUAAACUACAUAAAAGCUUCCUGAAAAAGCAUCUCUUCAGUGCGUUUUUGGAAAUCGGCAACAGACGGGCUACCGUAAAUUGCCGCUUCUACAACCUCUCCCUAGUUAUAAGCCCUUCUACCUGUGAACAAAACUUAAAAAUUCUUGUGAUUAUAAGCCCCCUCUAAAUGUACUGACAUGAGUUCGAUUUAUUAUGACGUUUUGAAGCUUAAUAUAUACUAAGUCAAGGCAAAAGAUUCUUUGAUCAGAACUGCUAUAGUUUGGUUCGAGACGCCGCUUUAUGUACUAGCUCCUAAUGUGGUUCAAGUCCCGAAUUUUACUGGGUCAGAAGCCCGUCAAGAUCAGAGCAUAACGUGUAUGUUGAUACAACCUCUUUUUAUCUUCUUGAUAGGCCUUCAAUGUGGUGUUCCAAAAAGCCAUUGACAGAGCUGAACCAGCAGAGGAAGUGAAAUUCCGAGUCAACAACCUGAUCGACUGCAUUACGUUCUCAGUCUUUAUUUACACCACGCGAGGAUUGUUUGAGAAGGACAAACUUAUCUUUACAGCACAAGUAGCAUUCCAGGUAAUGCAGCGAUAUUUAUAUACAGGGGUUAGUGAACUAUUUAAAUCAAAACGGGGUUAAUUAAUAAAAUUAGCGUUUGUUAAAUAAGAAAUGCUCGUGUCUUGGGCGUUAACGAACGUAACCUUUCGUGAAUCUGAGAAUUUUGGCGUGUAUUUAAUUGUCAUUGUCAAGCUAUACCCAACGGCAACAGGUGGUCAAUGCGCAAUGGUAUGCAAGCACCAGGCUAAAUAACUAUAUAAAAAGAAAUUAAGGAUCGUUUAGGUCCAUCAGUGCCGUCGCUCUUGCGGCGAUUACCAGUUAAGCUCGUUAAUCGAGGAAGACACACUCAUCUUGUAUAUCUCUUUGCUGGCAGCACGCCUUUCCAUCCAUUUCCUGAUUGCAAUUCCCUUUGCGCUAUGAGGACUGAACUUCAUGCGGCGUACCAAUGUCUGAUAUGCUCGUUCUUUGACUUCUGGCGGGGCGGUGUGAAUGUAGCGCUGUAAAGCUGCAGCUGACAGCAACCACGCGAUUUGCUUUCGUUUGUACUUCCUCCGACACAUGGCUUGAUACACAAAAAGUGUGCAGGAUAUGUAUAUCCCAGGUUGCUUAAGAAAGCCUUCAUUUUCACUAACGGUACCCCAGCUUUCCAUCUUAUCCUGAUGCAAGGAAAGGCUGCAGUCCUUAAUUUCUUGUGAAAACGAGUUUUCUAUCUUUCCUUCUCUCUCUUUUUUUCUAUCAUGCCUAUGAUGUCUAAUUUGUCUUGUUGUCCUUUUUACAGAUUCUAUUAAUGAACAAGGAGAUUGUACCUCAUGAGCUGGAAUUCCUUCUUCGUUUCCCCGCCGUUAUGAACGUAACAAGUCCUGUAGACUUUCUCAAUAACCUCUGCUGGGGAGGUAUUAAGGUAAGGUGACAAUUAUUUUGUUAAAGACUAGUGCCGAAUAUUCUAUCAUGAUGUAUCAAUGUCAGGGGCCAGUUUCACUUGUCUGCACAAGAAAGAUUUUAUGAAUGUAUGGAAUUAUUCUAUACUGCGGAAUUAGAGAACUCCACCCCUCUGCAUUGCCCCAUACACCGUAUUCCGAAAUGGGAGAAAAUUUACUUUGUCUUGUCCUUACGACUAGUGCCCCUCAGUACUUCUUUCCAAGGUAAAAGUGCUCUUCAAUGCUUCAGAUGCAAUCAAGCAAAGAGGAUUAAUUAACAUAAAUACAGAACAUUUUAGAACAAGGCUUACUACUUUUAUAUAAAUACAUUUCGAUAAUAAUCGAAAUUGUAAAUGCAGUAGAUGGCUGUUGUCCCAAUCUCUUCUUAAAGUAUAAUAGACGAGCGUUACCAAGUCACUUCACUUUCUCUAGCCCAGUGAAUUAUUUUUUCUCUCAACAUGACAAAGUAAGGUAACUCCUUUUGACUUGUUUCGUGUUGUUCUUGGUAGGCUCUUGGUAACAUGGAAGAAUUUCGUAAUUUGGAUCGUGACAUUGAAGGAUCUGCCAAGAGAUGGAAGAAAUUUGUGGAAAGCGAGUGUCCAGAAAAAGAAAAGUUCCCUCAGGAAUGGAAAAACAAGAGUUCUCUACAGAAGCUAUGCAUGAUGAGGGCGCUGAGACCAGACAGAAUGACAUACGCUGUCAGGUAAAACACUUGUAGUCACUAAGUUACGCUGGAUUUGAUAUGUCACCGGGCCCCAUUCCUCGAAAAUUGUCGGAUGCAAAUUGCCUAGUUCCCAGUCGUUCUCGGCGAGUUCGGUUGUGACGUCGACUGUCAAGCCUAUCGAGAACACCCGUCGGAAACCGGGAAAGCCAAAAUGGCGGCGCUGCUUGACUUAACCCCUUGACUUGACAUUUCGUUUCUGCCAUUUAAAACUAUCCACAAAUGUUUCGUGCGUCCGAAAUAUUCCAUGAUCCCUACAGAAAAAAGCAGAUUUUUUGUUGAGCAAUCAUCUAAGCCUUUUUUUUCGCUUAUCAGGGACUUUUGCCAUUUUUUGCCCGGCCUUGAGCUAUCGCGGUGGGUUCCAAGCCUCCUCUGCUGACUCGCUUUGCGCGAAUUGGCUUGGGGACGAGGCUGGACACAGAUGAACACAGCCGUCUGUCCUCGUUCCACGCCACUAGGGACGGUACGUUUCACAGGAACGUUCCUAGCGGCGAAGAGAGACGGCUGUAGUGUCUUCUCAGGCUUGAAACCAUCUGAACAUCUUCAGGUGGCGCCUAAAUGAGUUCAAACUUUUAAAAACUUCCUAUCAACGGAUCCAACACCAUCCAACACGUCGGAUUAUGUCUAUCUUUUUUAGACAUGUUAGACAAGUCUUAAGAUUGCAUCCACGGACUCUAGAAAGCAAAGAGCGGUGUGGUGUCUUUUUGUUAUUGAAAGGCUCCUUAUAAACAUAUUGUGGAAUUCAUUUGUAUAUUUAUGUAGUAUGUUAUUGUUCUGUGUAGUGGCUUCGUAGAGGAGAAGAUGGGUGCGAAGUACGUUGAAAAUCGCCAGGUCGAGUUUGCCAAAUCCUACGAGGAGAGCGGGCCUGGGACUCCAAUCUUCUUCAUCCUCUCCCCAGGCGUCGAUCCACUCAAAGACGUGGAGGCCCUGGGCAAGAAACUCGGGUUUACCUUUGACAACAAGAACUUCCAUAACGUGUCUCUUGGACAGGUGAACAAUGACUAAAUUGUUUUUGUUGUAGAAUUUUAAAAUCUUCUCGAAACUGUCUCUAACGAUAGGUUUCACUGAUUCGUCUUUGAACCACAAGAAGUUUCUGUCUCUUUUCUCCCCUUCAGUUUAGAAAAAGAAGUGAAAAAACCCUCGUGUUUUAUACGUUUUAUUUGUGUUUUCAGGGUCAGGAAAUUGUCGCGGAGCAGAGUCUUGACUUAGCCGCCAAAGAAGGUCACUGGGUUAUUUUACAGGUAAACAACCUGUCAUGGAAAAUUGUAGCCGCUCUUGGCGUUUAGACUGGUCACUGUUUCUACCUGCAGUCAGUACAGAUUAUUGUCCUACUUAGCCUGUGUACAGCCGCCCCCUCCCCUAGACUGUCUAAGUAGUACUCAAUACCACUAUAGUCAGGACUUCCGUCCAGUAUGGACUGCAAGGUGCAUUUUAAGCAGCACAUUGACGAUUAUUUCAGUGUAUAAGGAAACAUCUGUAAAGGACAGAGCCUUCUGAAUUCUCGUUCCACGCUUUCCCGUAUGGCGUUUUCGCAGUCCAUCACGGACAUACAUUUCAUAUAUCUGAAACAAUCUGCUCAUUAUUUCCCUUGAACCCCGUGAUCUGAGACGAAUUAGCCACGUAUUGAAAUCAAAGUGUUAUGGCUAGGCAAGGUUUUUGCUGGAUCUCUUAUUCGCUGAUAGAAGAGGUGUUUCACUGAGUGUGCGGUUGGCGUAUAAGCUAACUAAUUUAAUCUUGCCUACUGCCGUUUUAGAAUAUCCAUCUUGUUAAAAAAUGGCUGCCAACACUUGAGAAGAAGCUGGAAGCAUACAGUGAAGGAAGUCAUGAAAACUACCGAGUCUAUAUCUCAGCUGAACCAGCCGGCACACCUGAAUCACAUAUCAUACCCCAAGGAAUCCUGGAGUCCUCGAUCAAAAUCACAAACGAGCCACCUACUGGCAUGAUGGCUAACUUACAUCAGGCGUUGGAUAACUUUAACCAGGUAAGCUGUGUUUCCUUUGGAUUAGUUGCGUUCCCUUUUUGUCAUUCAUAUAAUUAACUGCGAACCUUACACAGCAAAGAUUUGCCUCAGUGCGUAGGACCUUGCCCCGUUAGUACCCGAAUUCUUUUUUUUUUUUUUCUCGCUCGCACUUGACGCUUGUUGUCGAUUUCAUAUUUUUCCGCGCUUAGCAAACGUUCUGGCUUCCGCGCAUGCGUUUCUCAUCUUUCUUCGCGCAUGCGUUUCUCAUCUUUCUUCCGUGAAAAGAAGAAAGUCGUGAGAUUUUUGUUCAACCCUUAUUGUAACCUUCUAUCGUCCUUUUCCUAGCGAUGUGAUGGUGGCUUACCGAUAGGGUACAUGUAAGCAGUAAAUGGAAAAUAAAUAAAUAGUUUCUGCCCUAUUUCUUUCCUUUAUUAGGACACACUUGAGAUGUGCGCACGAGAGAAUGAAUUCAAGAGCAUCUUGUUCGCGCUGUGUUAUUUCCACGCCUGUGUAGCUGAGCGGCGCAAGUUUGGUCCUCAGGGUUGGAACAGAUCUUACCCCUUCAACACUGGUGACUUGACCAUAAGUGUCAAUGUACUCUACAAUUACCUUGAGGCCAAUGCUAAGGUAUAUAUACAUGAUUCUUCCAUUACCGUAAGCCCUCUCCAUAUUGUUUUCACAUGACGGUGACCAUAUUGGUGUUCCAAAACAAUGAAACGGCGGCCAUGUUGGUGUUCCAAACCAAUCCUGUGGGAGUUGAACCCUUUUGUUAUGUAAACGCUUUCUUUUGUUUCAAUAAAUUUGCGUAGAUGCUGGCCACCUGAGUGUAAAGGCUCCAUUCUGCCGUAUUUCAAGCUCCCUGCGACAUUAACAGCAGCUUUCACAGAUAAAGUUUUCAGAAUUCUCAUUGGUUUCUCAAGCUGUAGAUUACUUGCGAAUGAGAGAAGUUUGAUUAAAUUGUAUAUUAUGUACUGUAUCCCAGGUUCCAUGGACCGAUCUGCGUUACUUGUUUGGUGAGAUCAUGUAUGGAGGUCACAUCACAGAUGACUGGGAUAGAAGGCUAUGCAGGACUUAUCUGGAGGAGUACAUGAAACCAGAUAUGGUGAGAUCAAUCUUCGACAUAAAUCGCUGUUUCGAUGACAUUUGUGCAGCAGGUGCCGCGUCGAUAGAGCGACACGAGCCUCUUUCAAUUAUCUGUCCUUAAAAAAUAGAAUAAAUAGAAGGAAGAACUUUGGUUAACAUUAGAUGUAACAUGAUUAAUUAAAUUUAGUAGAAAUAACGUAUAGUUCGAUCCCAAAUUAAAGGAAAAUGUAAAUUCAUUCAAUUCUUCCCAUGUAACGUAGAGAUUUUUCCCAAAUUAAAGCGAUUUAAUUCUUCCCAAGAACCUUCAAUGUGAAUGGAAGGGAUUGGAGAAACCAGCACUAAGACUACUGAAAUAUUUCUUGCAGCUUGAAGGUGAAAUGAACCUGGCUCCAGGAUUUCCCAUCCCUCCAAACUCAGACUACAAAACCUACCACAACUACAUCGAUGAAGUGCUACCGGCUGAGAGCCCCUACCUGUAUGGUCUGCACCCUAACGCUGAGAUCGGUUUCCUAACAGCUACCUCCGAUAACCUGUUCCGCACCGUGUUGGAGAUGCAACCCAGAGAUGCGGGUGCUGGUAGCGGUGGAGGACAGACUCGCGAGGAAAAGGUGGGUUAUCAGCAUUCAGAUUCCCAUCCCUUUUUCCCCUGCUUUACUUAGUGUUAAUCCUCUUUUAAGCACCUCAGCUGGGGGAGGGAGGGUUAAAAAGUUCUUUAAGCAUCCCUAAGGGAUAAGGGGCUCAAUGAAGAAGGGGGUAUAUUUAGACAAAACACAUUGCUCACUGCAGUAAAAGAGGAAAAACUAUACUGAAGUCGUAGUACUCUAAUAUAAUUCCUUUUUUUGGAUAAGAAGAAUGGCUACUUCCGUUGAAGUUUUGUAAACUAAUUGCACUGUUAGCCAUUUGUGAUCAAUAAGUAGUCUUACGUUUAUUACUUUCAUUGUGAAAGUAAAGGUUGCAGGGGAGAAGGGGCGCGGCAUUUUUCCUCUCCUUCCUCCUCUCUACGGUAGAACUGUAGUUUGCAGAGUAACGAAAAUCGUCUUGUGUAUCUACUGUUUAUAGCUUUGGAGAGUUAAAACAUACUUUUAAAUGGACUUAUUUAUUCCACAAACAGGUCAAACAGGUUUUGGAUGAAAUCCUAGAGAAACUACCGGAUGAGUUUAACGUGCCCGAGAUGAUGGCUCGUGUGGAAGACCGUACACCGUACACUGUGGUGGCUUUCCAGGAGUGCGAACGAAUGAAUAUCCUGACAAGCGAAAUCAAACGGUCCCUGAAAGAGUUGGACUUGGGUCUCAAAGUAAGUCCCGAAUUCUAAUGUAAAAGAAAUUCCAUCAUAAUACUGUCUUUAGUUGCAAGGUUUCCUGCAGUGUAUCAUCCCCGACCAUCAAUGUCACAACUUGCCCUUUAACUUGAGAAUAAACCAAGGGAAAUAAUGUUUUGACCCGUUUGUUUAGCCUUCGUGUGAGGCGUCGAAAGGAGGAGGGAAGAGGGAACGAAAGAACGGAAAAUUGCGACAAACACACAGGCUGGUUCUUGACAACAUCCAAAAUCUUGAAAAUUGUUUUUUAAAGAUCCAAAUACAGACAGAAGGAUAAUUGCAUUGCGUUACUUGUAGGGUGAACUGACCAUCACCGCUGACAUGGAGGAGCUGGGCAAUGCUCUCUUCCUCGACGACGUCCCAGAAUCCUGGACGCGCCGUGCUUACCCAUCUAUGUCAGGCCUGGCCGCAUGGUUUGUUGACUUACUACUGCGAAUUAAAGAGUUGGAGAGCUGGACGUCCGACUUCUGUCUUCCUAAUGUCGUGUGGCUGUCUGGUUUCUUUAACCCCCAGUCCUUCCUUACAGCUAUUGAGCAGUCUAUGGCACGAAAGAACGAAUGGCCUUUGGACAAAAUGGCUUUACAGGUUAAUUAUUGUUAUUGUUAUUUUAUUUAUUUUAGUAGACGAACUGAGAAUGUAGCCAUUUUCUGUUACUGACUGGUACAUUAUAACCUAUCGCGCGAUCUAGGGAGUUUAAGUAGGGACGUCUUUGAGCGACGCACGUGAAUCGGAAGUGAGCCUUUUUCUCUUUAAAUAUGCCUAAUGUGUAUUGGUAAGUCUCUUUUCUUUUAUAAGGACGAUUUCCCCAGGAAUCUGUUCAGAAUCACGGCCGAAGAGUUCAAAGAGUCCACCUCCGAUUGACAUGCGUCUCUCAAACACGUCUUUGCUUAAACUCCGUGUAAGACGCUCUCUUUUUGCCAUUGCCGGCACUCCCUUUCCUUCUAGCAAAUGUAAUCGCUCAAUUUCAAGGCCGAGUGUUUCAAAAUCUGGUUAAUUCCAGCUCUGCAUUUACUGUAAGCACAGCAUUUGAGUUGAAUUGUAACUACGCCCUAGAUUUGUUCUCAGCUUAAUUCAUUCGAACAACUCAACCACGCCAGCAAAUGUCUUGUCAAGAUCCUGACACAGUCUAUUUCUACAGGUGGACGUAACAAAGAAAAACAAAGAAGACUUUAACAGUCCGCCAAGGGAAGGCGCCUACGUGCAUGGUCUGUUCAUGGAAGGAGCUCGCUGGGACACGCAGACCGGCAUGAUCGCUGAAUCAAGGCUAAAAGAACUCACACCAGGCAUGCCCGUCAUGUUUAUAAGAGCCAUCCCAGUAGACAAACAAGAAACCAAGAACGUGUACGAGUGUCCAGUGUACAAGACAAGGCAGCGCGGUCCAACCUAUGUCUGGAACUUCUUCCUGAAGACAAAGGAGUCUCCAGCCAAAUGGACCUUGGCAGGAGUUGCCUUGCUGUUAAGCGUGUGAAAAGAAAAUCGUGUGUUUAUUUGCCAGUGUGUUUCCCGCGCCACUCAGAAAACGUCUUACUACUGUUUUGGUGCUUUUCUGGUGUUAAACUAUGAUUGGCGCUUAAGUCUUGUGACUUCCUCACUUUAAGAGUGAAUUUCUUGGUUUGAAAUACAGUAGUCAGUAUGUUAGUGUGCUUUUUUUUCACUUUUUCACCUAGUGAAAGAAGUUUUUUUCCUUUUUGCAGAAGCGUAAAUUUUAUCAAAACACCAAGGUUUUGUUUUAGAAAUACAGGCUUUAAUUUCUAACGUCUGUAAAAAAAAUCAUUAUCCACCUCCUUCAACCAUCUUUUUCAAACCGCUUAAAUUAUUUUUUUUGCUAAUCAUGGAUUAGCUCUCUCUGUACAAAAUGUAAAACAUCUUCUUUUGAGGUCUCGAGUUGUUAUUACAGUGCUACAUGUCAUGCCAGAACAAUUAACAAAUAUUUUUACAUCCAUUCGUCGAAUGUUAGGCAUUCAUUGUUUUACGUUUUGAUUCCUAAAAAGGAAUCGCUUCACUUCAUAACACUCCGUUUCUAUU